CCCCUCAGAAAACAUGCAGGGAGCAGAGGAGGAGGAGGAGAGAAGAAACGCGUCGGAGGCGACAGGAGAGAGAGGAAGCAGAGAAAGUUGGUAGAGGAGCGAGAGGGCGCGAGAAGAAGAGGAGAGGAGAGGGGUCGAGCAGAUGGGAGGAAGGAAGGAAAGGAUAUCUCUGCGGGCUCAAGUGCGCGAUUAAAGGAUCCUGCAUGAAAUAAACAAAUAUAUGAAUAAAAAGGCCAGAAUAAAAAGGGGAGUUGAAGGCGCGUCACCGCGUGGUUGCGUGGACGCGGACAAGACAGCGGCGGUGUGCGCUGAAACAGCAAACUUCUGUCCUCUCUCUCUCUGUGGAUUUUACUCCUCAUGUUCUUCAAACUCUCGCUGAGGUUCACCAACUUUUAAGCUCGGUGUCGAAAAAACUUCCCCUUCACCUCGCCCUUUUCAAUCAACUCCUCUCCCCGGAAAAGCAGAGGAAGCUCCGGGGUGGAGGAAGGACGGAAGAGCAAAUUUUUUGAUCCUCCCGAGGAGUCCAGCUCGCCGUAGCCGGGGUUUAGGCGUUGGCACCCGGGCAGGGAGUCCCUCGCCAUGGCCGGGGCCAAGCCGGGAGUCCACGCGCUGCAGCUCAAACCCGUGUCCGUCCACGAAGCUCUCAAGAAGGGUGGGAAGUUCAUCAAAUGGGACGAGGUGAGAAUGACACGCAAGUUUUUUGUUGACAUGGCUUUAGAAACAUGUGUUUGUCAGUUUCAUGUGUCAAGAAGUUCUCCAGCUGUGUUCAACUUUGAGGGCUGACAGUCUGCUUCUGACAGUGGGCCCACUAUUUUGAAGUUACACGAGACCGGUGUGUGUGUGUGUGUGUGUGUGUGUGUGACAGAGAGAAGAGCAAGGUGUGUAACCACAGGUGUGUAGACCCUAAACACAGGAGCCCACUAUGUCUGUGAGUAGAAAAUCCCCCUAUAGUUGGCAGCAGAGAAGCAGCAGUGCUUGAAUGUGUGUUGUGUUGAAUUCUUGUCAAGCCGGUUUUCCUCGGGCUCAGAUUCAGUUUUACACCCUCUUUUCUCCUCCAAUCCCUCCUGUGUCUUUCUCUUCCUGUACUUUCUUUCUCUUUCCCACCCAGAGAAUGAGGGUCAAAGCACCUGUCUGGGUCAGGACCGUGUACAAGUGCUGCGUUUUGGAGUAUUUGGGAGUUUCAGUGCAACCUGAGCUGCAUGCAACACCCUGCAUUUCAGUUUUAGUCCAAACUUGUAGGUUUAGAUUCCUUUUUUGCUGUUAAAAUCACAGCAACAAAAAUUUCAAAACAAUCCCCCCGCACUACUUUUUCUUCCGCGUAUUUCUGCAGCUGCAUGUGUGGCAACUCUGACAUGCGCCUGUCCAUGUCAUUGACCUUAACAAUAAUAAUACUGUAGGCCUACGUGUGUGUGUGUGUGUGUGUGUGUGUGUGUGUGUGUGUGUGUGUGUGUGUGUGUCCAUGUGUCUGAGCAGCCAUCAAUGAUUAACUCAGUAGCUGACUGAUCCGCAAGUCUGAGUCUCUCAUUUGGAAACCUCUGUCUUGGGUUUACAGUGUAAUUGCAUGUGUGUGUCUCUCUUUGUGUGUGUGUGUGUGUCUGUAAAUCUCUGAAAUCUUGCAAGCAAAGGUUCAUAGUUCCACUCACAAUGACUCUUUCAGAUGUGAGGUCAGGUGUGGUGUUGACACUUGUUCCAACAUGCUUGUAUAGGUGCAAGGAAACAUUGCACUACAUGAGUUUGAAAGUCCAUUUAACCCAAGAACACUGUCGCUGAAAUUAGUAACGCUAAUCACUAUCGCCGGGUGAUUUUUACGUGAAAUAAUAUAUCCAAGAAAAAGUACUUGUCAUCAAAAUAUAUAAAAAUAGGACAAUACAUGAUAAACUAAAGUCAUUUUCUUUUAUUUUUAACUGUGCAAUGUCCAAAGGGAUGAACGUGGAUAGUGGAGACUGAACCCACAAAGCGCAGGACAGCUUUUGGACAGUCUUCCUUCUCAGUCAAAGGUCCACAGAUCUGGAAUAAAUUACCAUCAGAAAUAAAAACAUUAAAGGACCCCAAAGCCCUCAAUAUCAAAACAAAACUAUGGCUGAAACAAAGACAAAUCUGUGAACACUAACUUACAUAUAUGUAUGUUAUGGCAUGUAUGUGUGUCUAUGUGUAUGUAUGUGUAUAUGUGUGUGUGUGCGUGUGUAUGUAUGUAUGUAUAUGUAAGUCUGGAUUUUUGUGCAUAGAAGAAACUGCUCGUUUUGUCUGCUUUCUUGUUGUUUUAAUGCAAACAUAUGAUUGCCUGUCUGCACCUGCUAUAAUGUUAGUUUUUGUUUAGCUGUUUAGCUGUUUAUGUAGUAUGACCUGUAUUUCAUGCUAAAAAAAAAGUGCCAUGAAGGGACCAUAUAAAAAUGCAACAAAAUAACUGAAAUUAGGCAUUCAUGAAUAAAAACUUCCUAUAUAGAAACUGUAAACUUAGUUUCUUUUCCACCCAUUCCUGGAGCAUGUGAGUGUACCCUGGUGAAGACUCCUCAGGGUCCUUGGCACAAUAACAGCUGCAGGAGAGAGAACUAAAAUAUGAAGUAUUUUGAGUGAGUGAAAAUGACCAGCUGACAAAAUAUUUCUUAUCACCAUAUGAAUCCCCUUGAAAAUCACUACUUUGUGAUAGUUAUUCAUAACUACUGCGCUAAAUAAAGAUAGCAUUCAAAUUCCAGGACUACUGUUACUGAAUUUAUUCCCUACAUGCAGCUAUCAAAUCCACUCAAACCUACUUACCCUCUAUCACUAUCACCCAAACACGUGCCUGUAGGAAAAAGCAGGUUUUGGAUCAGGGAAACAAAUAUGCCUUCAAAGAUGUCAAAGGCAAUGCUGAAGCUACCCAGGGACCCAUGAUACUCAGACAAACACAACAUCAUGAAGAUCACGUAAACAUGUUUGGUCGGGUGAAAAUCAUCCGGUGAUAGUGUACUAGGGUUAACAAGAUAUUACCAACAAAUAUACACACAUUUUAGAGUGCUGAAUGCACACCAAGUGUCUGUUUUUGCCACGCAAAUAGUGAAUACCAUGACCCUCAGAUUUUCUUUCUCUCCUACACACACUAACUGUCUCAGUCUCUCUGCUGUCUGUCUCUCUCAAAGGGAAUUCCCAGGAAAUGCUUAUGGAUGUGAUUUAGUGUGUGAACACUCUCAAACAUGUGCAUGCUUAUCCUACCUUUCACCCCAUCUCCCUCUCUAUUUGCUAUUUCUCCUGUAAAAAGCAACAAAUGAAUUAUGGGGGAUUAAUGGUUAAAGAGAGAGAGAGCGAGAAAGAGAGAGGGCACUUCAGAAAGAGGAGGGGUGUGAGGGAGACAGGAAAAAGGCUGAAGGGAAAAAUGACAGUUUAAUAAAAUGCAUAAAGUUCAUUAAAUGAUUUCCAGAUUUCUUUUGUUUCAAGAGACACUUCAAUUUCUUAAGAUCCUGAUGUGUGUAAAGGAGAAAAAUCCAUAAUCCCCGGAAAAGCUCUUGAUUGGUUCAGGCUGGUGCAGAAAUUUAUUCAGCAAAAUUAUUCAAUAAGUUUUGCUAUUGUGCUCCACAGGAUGAGCUGAAAUCCUCAAAUGAAUUCGGCUAAAUCCAGAGACAAAAACAUCUGGAUUCCGGUAUCUUCUUUGCACAUUAAUGUAGAGUUGAUCUAUUACAUUUGAUCUGCAUGAAAAUAACUUCACAAACAUCUGAAAAUCAGUGUCUCUGAAACAACAAACACUAUCUGGUUCAGAAGGAUUAGUCUUCUUUCAGUCUGCUUCAUCACUGACUUUUAUUUGUUGUGAGUGUUGUUGAUGCACGUGAUGUCAGGGUAUGCAGGAGACCCACUGAGAGGUAGAAAGCAUGCACAGAUUGGCAGAGUCAGGGUGCAAACAUGGUUUCAUCAAGGACCUAGUUGUGCUUUUUUGAAAACCCCAAAAAAUCAAUGAAGUUUGAGCUUAUCGAUUCUCCUGUCAGGUCUCACGGGUCCUGCAAGGUAACAUUACAUCUCGAGUGGAGUCAAAUCAUUGGAAUCAAAUCAGCGGUGCACAGACAAACUUUGGCUGUCUGAUUAAGUUUAGGGAUAAAAUUGAAUUGCCAACCAACAAGUUUAAAAAAUAUACAAAGAUAGAUUCGAUCGGUUAAAUGCUUGUGAGGAUGGACUUGCAAAGAAGUGUUGCACUUCAAAGCAAAAGAAAAGAGAGGAUGCAAAUACAAUUUAUCUUGUGUAUUAUUUUUUGUUGCCGUUAAGGAACAAAAACACUAUUAACAGAAACAUCAAAUUAAACCAAAAUGCAGAACUUUGCCUCAAACUUUGUUAUAAGUCCUGCUAAACGAAGAUUGUAAUCCAGUGUUCAAAUCUUCGUUGAAGUCUUGAGAAUAAAACCUACGGAAUAAGGUAACAUGAGGUUACAUUAUGAUGUUUUCAAGUUGGAUCAGAAUAUUGACUAUUAGACAAAGAUAGAUUAAAUAUCACCAAUAAAAACAAUACUAGUAAAAACACAUAUAGACAGAUCAUGGAGGCUUGAUGGUGGUGUGAAAAUCAGUCAUCACCAUAUCUGACAGCUAAAAAAAGACUUCUUAAAUCAGGAAAUUAUAAGAUUGACACAUAUCUUUACAGGCAACCAGAAGUUGAAGAAAAAUAAUCAAAGUGAAACUAGAGGGACCAGGUACUUAAACAUACACUUGCUUAUUGUCAGAUUUUUGUGUCCGUAUUGACUGAUGAUUACCUAAAUGUGUCCUUGUUCCAUGCAAUUGUAGUCUUGAUUCUACAGAGUAAAGAAAGCAUGAUCAGACAGUGUUAACUGUAUAAUACACAUCUAGUUUUCCUUAUAAUGGUUUACUCUGUAAAGCAAGCACACAGUUAACCAGGUAACUGUUGACCUUUCUAAAAGGCUAUUUAUUUGUUGUCCUUCACGCUGAAGUACAACCAAAGAACAACCAAGCUUCAAACUUUUUGCAAACCCUCAGGCUGACUCCCCUGGCUCUGAAAUCUGAUGCAUAAAAUAUAAAAAAUUCCAAUAUUCGUUCUUGUGUAAGUAUCCAUCCACCUCUAUCUAAUGGUUAACCAUUCUUAUAUCUUUGUCAAGUCUCUCAUAGUCCCAUUUUUUCUUAUUCCUCUACUGAAGACAGCUAUGUUGCAGGAUGUUUCACCACUCCGCCUGUCUGAGUGACUGAGGAGGCACGUUUUGGCGGAGAAUGAAUGUGAGUGAGGUUGGUGCGUACCCUAAAACCAAGUGACUCAAGAGGGCAUCAUGAACUCUGUGAAAGUUGAUGCACUGAUAAGGAACUAAAAGGGACUGAUAGAUUUAUAGAAACAGUUAUUAAACCAAAAUUCCUCCUUGUUAAUGAUGAGACAGGCUUCGCUAAUAGUCUUGAAAAAAGAUGCCCUUCAUCUCCUAAACCUUUUCAGAAAGAACAACAAACAAAUGUUUGUGGACGGGUUUAAAGUCAACUAGUCCUUCCUUGGCUUGCCAGACUUCACUCUACCAAUAUCUCCAAAAGUGAGAAAAUGCAUCGCCUGAAAGUUGAUAAAACAUUCUAAAACUAGGGAGACUUGAAAGAAAGCUUGAGUUUAACUCAGAUGUACUCCUCUUUGAGCAUUUCUUAAUAUAGCAUCUGAAUGCCUGGUAUGAAGACAGUGUUUCCUAAGUCUUGCAGAAUACUUCAAAGUUGGGGUGCACAAUACAAAAAAAGCAGUGUUCAAAAGUUCUGCGUAGAGCUCUGACCCCCAUUGGAAUCAAGCAUGACUAAAUUUGUCUCUUUUGUGUAGUAAUCACCAGGAAUGUUUGCAAACUGGACAACAGGAAUAACUGAAGAGCCAAAAACAGGCUGAUGAGAGCAUAUCGAGGAUUAUAAUAAAGAUAUGAUGAUAAUCCAGACUUAUAGUUGCUAAAUUGAAAAGUUUAGUGUAGAAAUACUUAUCCGCUGAGGAUAUGUGGUUUAUAGAAUAAGCCUCUGUGUAAUCUGAAUGUUCAGCUUCCAUCCUGAAAACUUGACAAAGCUGGGGAAAGAAUCAAGACACACACAAACACACACAGAAAAAGUGCCUCAGGGCUGUGCAGUGCCUGAAAACAAAACUCUGGACUCUAUCCCUCUCUUCUCACUUCAUUCCUAAUCUCUGCAUCCUCCCUCCACAUGGCCUAAUCCCAUUUAUUUUCCUAUUUUUUCUCUUCAACUUUACCGCUUUCUUUUCCUAACUGUGUAAUCCUUUCCUCAUCUGUCACUAAGCUGCUGCUGUCAUCGACUGUAGGCCCGUCAGAUGACAUACACACACUGUGUCAUGCAGGAGGUAGUGGUAUAGUGGUAGUGGGGGCGUGAGUGUUCCUAAUUGACCGUCUCGCUUCUGUGUUUCGACUUGUCCUCAUAUGUGUGUGUGUGUGUGUGUGUGUGGUUGUUUUGUUCUGGAUUUGUGUGAUACACGGCGAAUGACUUCCUGUUGGAGCUUGUUUUGGAGGCUCCAGAGCCAAACCAUUUUCCCUUCCCUCCCCUGUCCUCCCUCCCUCUUCGCAUCUGCUGCCGCUCCGCCCUCUGCAGCCCGGCCGCAAUUCAAUUUAGAAGAAUCCCGAGUGGAAUUCAGUUAAAAUUCCUCCCAAACAACCAAUUAACAAAACAGAGACAGACAGCUUGACUACAGCAGGAGCUUGGUUUCCCCUUCAGAGCCUUGAUAUAAUUCAUACUUACACCUAUUAUCAAUGUCUCCCCCUUUUUUGUAGAGUUUGACAAACAAAGUGAAAGUUUUAUGGGAUGAUAUAAGUGGCUCAUGAACAGGAUGGAGUACUUGGAUGUGAAAGCUGGAUUUAGUGCAAAUUCCUGUAACUGCAGCAUGAUGAGCCAUAAAAUGCUGCAUUUGGAGAUCAUUUUUGUUGCUGCUGCUUUUGUUGUUGUUGUUGUUGGGUUGGGAUCAUUUUGUCAGAACUUGCAGGCUGCGCCGCAGUUCACUCAGAGCUAUAAUCAUGGGAACAGCUGAGGACACCAAAGACUCUUUUUUUUUUUUUUCCUGCUGCUGUCCUCGGUGUUUAUCUGUAAAUGUCUCGUCAAACUCAGCUGAGUUCAGACACUUGUUCUCCUUCCUGAAACACCCUGACUUAGCAUUUUUCACUGUAGUGUUUUCACCACCCUCAUGUGCUUCAAAGAGGUUCUGCUUGGUGCCAACAUGUGGGAUUUAUGCUGACGCUGUGCAUGCAGAUGGUCAUUUGUUGUUGCACCCACUUCUACAGUAUUCAAACCUAUAUUUCACUCAUGAUAGAUUUAAUGGUAUGAGUGGCUCCCCAGGUUAGCUGAGCAGCAUGCUAUGCAUUUGCAGGAAGCACAAUUAUGGGUGUCCCGAUACAACUUUUUUUACUUCCGAUACAAUACCGUUAUUGUAGCCUUCAUUAUCGGCCGAUACCAAUACUGAUAUUGACAAACUUGUGCAUGUUAAAUUUUGCACUCAGGUGCAAUGUCUUUUUCGGACUUCAAUGAAAAAUACUGCCACACAGCAAACAUCACUCCUACUCCUUGCUACCUUGUUAGUACCUUAGUACACACUGUUGUUGUGAUUAUGUGGACUCUGCAUGCUGGAUCUGGGUGCUGCUAGAUAGAGGUGCCGAAGUGGAGUCUGGAAUGGACUGCUUGUUUUGGAGUACUGAUAUCUGAGGUUUUAGAUGCAGGACGGUGUAAUCCAACAUUUUUUUUUUUUUUAGAAGAUAUUGGACCGAUAUCUGAUAUAAAUAUCGUAUCGGGACAGCCCUAAGCACAAUGCCAGAUGAAAGACGGAGGGUGGGGUGGUGGAGGUAAAUCUUUGCCACAGCAGCAGCACUGUGUGUAUUAGGGUCCUAGUGUAGCAGUGAUGAGUGGGAGAGGUCACAUUUUAAGGGACCAUCUUUUUGUGCAACUGUACCAUGAGUGGGUUAGUAAUCAGAAAUGUUGAUUUAACCAGCAGGCUAUAAAAUUAAAAGAAAGCAUUUGAGGUUAGGUCUGGGCGAUAAACCGAAAACUUACUGAUACAGAAGUUUACAACAUUAACCAACGUCAUUUUGCUCAUGUCAAUAUAUUCUGUCUCAAAAAAAUAAAUAAAAGUUGGUUUUGGAUGUGUGUAGGUAAGAUACGGUGUCGGUGGAAGGGAGUGAGCAGCUUUUGGAGUAGUUAUCGUCCAUUUAUCGUUAUCGAGGUGAACUGCUCAAUAUAUCAUGAUAUUGAUUAGAAGAGGCCAUUUCAUCCAGCCCUAUUUUAGCUUUUACAAUUUUCAUGCCUUGCUGCUGAUCGUUAUGUUUAACACUGUCUUUUUCCAACAUAUUUUUCUGAAGUCUGAAUAUUGCAAAGGUUUUUUUUUAAAUAUAGUUUUGUAUAGUUAUAUAGUUUUUACACUCAACCACACAGAGGGAGAAAGCCUUGCUUGUUCACAUUCAUGUUAUUUGUUGCAUUAAUUUCUAGCUUUGUCCUGCAUCAGUUGCUAAUGCUUAAUGUCCAGAAAACAACAAAACUGUGAUCAAUUGUGCAGCCCGAUGCCGUAGCUGGUUUCCAAAAGAACAUAGUUUCAUUUAUAUGGAUUUUCUUCUGGUAUUUGUCGAUGAGAAUGAAAAUGAGAACAAAGAUAAAACUCCCUCCUGUGUUGUACAGCUAGAGAAAGGAGGCGAUCGCCAGUAAGAGGAAAUUAGUCAGAUACAAAGGAAAAGGAAACCUUAAAGCAAAUGAAAACCCAGAUUUCUUGCAAAUGUAUGGAAAUUUGAAAGAGAAGUCUGUUAGUUUGUCCACUGCUGUCCGCUGGUGAUACAGUGAACAUUGUGAAGAAAGCUGAGCAGGAACACACUCCUCUACUUAAAAAUGAAGUGAUCUGCAAUCAUGUAAUAAGGAUUUACCUUUAGAUAAAUUUGUCAACAUUAAUAUAUUUUCACCUCUAUUGUACACUCAGCAAACACAGUUGGGAAAUGUUCUUCUUAGAUAAUUCACUCGACUUAUUUCAUGCAAACUCAGCAAACAAACCUCUUAGCCUAGUCUCUUAUCUGUGGGGAGGAUGAGAAAUCACAGAUCACUCUGACUCAUGGUCGAGCCAGUUAUGUCUUGAGAGGUCAUGGAUUUAAAACCGGAUCCUGCCAAAGGGUCCUUGGGUACGACACAUGACCCCAAACUGCCCCUGCUGGGUGCUCUCAACUUUGUCUAUAUGAGGUCAUUUAAUACAGACCGGUGCUUUACAUAGCAGCCUCUGCCAUCAGUGUAUAAAUGUGAUGUGAAUGAGUGAAUGCCAUUUGCAAUGUUAAAAGCACUUGGAGUGGUCAGAAAACCAGAGCCAGAGCUACAUAAACACACCCCACUGUCCAUUUAUCUCCCAUGUCAGUCUUUCUUUAGAAGUCGCUAGCCGGAUUGCAAAACAAAGGCAAUUUACAGAAAAGGAAGUCUGUUGUUAUUUAUCGCUGAUCAUUUGAUACUUCAUUAGCCCAGAAAAAAGCUGCCUUUAUGUCAUCAGAGAAAAGCUGAUUGAUUCAGAUUGGCUGUAAGUGGAAAUACACUGAUGUAUUGAUCGAACAUCAAUAAAGGCUAUUCAAAGAUAUUGGCAAAUAAUGUGCACUGAUGUCAGUGAAAGGAAAUAUUGGCAGUGUCAGGGUACAACAGUCAGUACAUUUACAUGACACUCGAGAAAACCAAAUUAAUGCCGUACUCCGAUUAAGACCGGACAACUGUGUACAUGUAAACACCUUAGUCUGACUAUAAUGGGAGUUUGAGAUCUUCGAUUGGAGUCGGAGAACUCUGAUUAAGACGCCCAGAUAAUGCGAUUAGAAUUCCAUUUGUUCUACCAUGUAACCAGCGUAGUUGGAGUAUGAUCGGACAAUGCAUGUGCACGUGCGCCACACCCUGGUAACCCCUGAACAAAAACACCAGUGAAGAGGAGUAGUGUGCAUCUCAUCUACAGAAAAAGUAGCGCCUACAUCAUGUACGACAAAAACUACGCUGUACGAUGCUCCAUCUUCUUGCUCGAAAAUGCCCAGCUGCAGUUGUAGCCACUUCUGACAUCUGGCACGAACCUGCUGUUGUUGUUGACAGUUGUAUGAGGUCAACCUGAAACAGUGCAGCUGGAAAGACCCAUAUUGCCCCCUAGUUUUGGGGAGGAGGACACGUUCACGUCAAUAAUUUGAUUUUAUCAGCUGCAUGUAUAUGCGCACAAGGAGAGAAGUCAGAUUAUGCAAAAAAUAAAAAUAAAAAAUUUUGAACUUAGUCUGAUUAAGCUGUGCAUCCGAACGCACUGACUAUCAAGAGAGAUAGGCAGUAUGCCGUUUGAAAGACAAGUUCCAGUUCAUUUAUUGUGUCAGUCCAACUGAAACUGGGCUUUUAAUGUAUUCACAUGUUCUUUCAACUAAAAUCCCAGUAAGUCUUUAAGUCAGAUUAGCACACCAGGCUAAGACAUGUAGGUCCAACAGUAUAAUGUGUUGAAGGGGACUGGGUAUUAAACAAAAACAUGGGUUAAAAAAUUGUCUGUUAGCUGAAUGAUUUUCUCUUAAACCAAUGUUGUUCUCUGUCCUAAUUUUGGUCAUUGGUGCGUCUAUGGUAUAAGUUAAUAUUUUUAUUCAAAACACUGAAUACUAAAUGAAAACUGAAAAUGAAAGCUGCUAAACUUAAAUGCUAGCUGGCUGUUUCCUCCAAAAUUGGAUCACCAAAAUCUUUCACUGUUCAUGAGUAUUUUUUAUCCACAACAUCUGCAUUUUACUACCCCCCCCCCCCCCCCCCAAAUAAAUAAAAUAAAAUAAAAUAAACCCUCAUAAAACACAGACUUUUCAGAGCAAAAUCAUCAUUGCACCAUGAUGUUGGUUUUACACAUGCAUGUUUGGACUUGCUGAGCAGCUCCUUCUAUCUUCUGCUCUCAUCUUUGUAAACAGUCCCUUCAUAGGAUGCCAUGGAAUGAUUUUAUGGUGCCACAGCACUGAUAAAAAUCAUCCUCUGUAACAGCCCAUAAUGACCCUUGCUCUCCUGGAAGAAGAUAAAUAAGAGUGCUAUUUUCAGAACAUCCUAACUGAUGCUUUCAUACAGGAUAAAUGAUUUGUUGAAAGUCUAGAUCUAGGGCGCAAUGAUUGCAUAACCACUGGGAAGUUUUUUUCACCUGAGAUUUGACAGCCAGUAUAUCAAAAUAAAAUGUUUCUAUCCUUGGAAACAAAUCUCUUUUGUAAGCAGAGCUGCUGUGUCAUUGUGACCCGACAGCCAGCUCCAGUUUCAUUCCAGUUGUUCCUGCUGUCUGAAUUUCAGUAAGUGCUUGUCUUGGUUUAGCAUUAGAUAGAAACACUGAAGCACCAAACCGCAAUUUGCCAUUAUCAGAUUGAUUUAAGAGAUGAGAAUUGGAGACAUGAGGAAGAAGAGGAGGAGGGACAGCAGACUUGUGUGAAGGUCUGACGCCGUCCUGAGAAACACUGCCGACAUCCUGACAGAUUGGUGAGAAACAAGGGAUGGAGAGAUAGAGGGAGGGGAGAAAGAGAGGGGUGAAGGGUCAACCACAGCCACAUGUGAAGUGUGGCUCUGUCAUCUGGACGGCUUCUGCAUCUCUCCUCCUCUUUCACCCUCUUCAUAAUUACUGUCCAUUCAUUACAGAGCUAUCAUUACCGUAUCUGUACAUGCACUCUCUUCCUCAUUCAUUCCCCGUCAUCUUUUUGUCAAGCUCUCUUCCUCCUUCCAUCAGUCUCAGUUUGCUGCUUGUCUUUUUUGUUUUCAUUUCCCUUCUGCCUUUCUGCGGGUUUAACCUCUGUCUUCAUUCAUAUAGGGUGAAAGGUCUUUCAGUUUUACAAAAAAGACACAAAAAAGCCUCAAUCUUUCAUGACACAGAUUUUAGGUUUGUGAUCCCCAAAGGAUUUAAAUUGUUCAUUUAGACGAAGCAAAAAGGGAGAGUUUGAAUGAAUCCUGUUGAGAAAAUAAAGUGAUACAGCAGCAGAAAACAGAAAAAAAAGUAGCUAGUAAGGGUAGAAAAAACAUACAUGCUUUCACUCCUACUACUACAAAUAUGGACGCUAACUCUUAAGCGUUAAGAGGGCUUUCACACUUAUGUCGUUUGGUCUUGACUUUUGCACUUUUCUGCUCGGUCCGAACCAAAAUGAUAGCGGUGAAACCUCACCUGACUGUCUUUUGGUCUUAUCAAAAGAGAUGGUCUCAAUCUGGACCAAACUGAACCACAGUCAGGUUCAUGCCCAAUGUGAAAUCAUUAUUUUGGAAGGUUCGGACCUUCGCACCAAAGACAGGAAAUCUUUUACAACACAUACUCUCUCUACUGAUUGCGUACUUUCUUCUUCUUUCCUAUCGAUAACAAAAAAGUCAUCAUCAUAAUGAUAAAAUUAUAAGACGAAUUUGGACCAGCCUCAUGUACAGAUCUUCAAGUUGUCGCUGCUGGUAGUUGAAAAUCGUCAAUGAUAUAAUGGUAGGAAUGACGAUUUCAUUAAUGUUUACAUAAUUCAAGACCUGCGUUAUUCAAUGUGUUGAGGUCUGACACCGGCCAGCCAAAUGACCAAUCAAUGCAAACUACAGAGACAGGCAAAGAGCGUAGUUGAGGAUGAUAUCACUUAGGUUCGUAAUGUAAAGUCUCGUAGUCCAUUUGCAAUAAUGACAGUGUGAAACCUAAACAGACCGAACUACAUGUAAACAAUGUAACAAAAACACAGGCCUUGGUCCGGACUUUCAGUUGUCAAAACACCCUAAGUCUCAAAAUUAGUGAUAUUGGUAAUCAUUUUUUGACCAAUCAGAGUCAAGAAUUUCACACAGACAGGUAACAAGAUAUCAAUAAUAUAAAAUGUCAUCUGCAUUAGCCUUGAGUUUGACCCAGCGACCAGCAUUCUUGAAGAUAUAUAGACGUGUAUAAAAAUAGACAAUGAAAAGCUUGCUAACACAAUAAGUAUGAAUUGUGGAAGUACAGCAGUUAUAAAUACAUUUAACAAUGUAAUAUGUCAGCAUUGCUGCACAAGAAACAAACUCAGAUUCCCUGGAUUUCCUCCCUACACUCUCUCUCCUAUAUUUCCUGAUACUCUUCAGCCUUCCUGUUAGUAAAAGUGAAGGCCAAAAGAGGUUACUUUCUAGGAAAAAUCACUGCAUCCAGGAAUGACACAAGGGGGGAACCUACUGCCUUAUAUUUUGAUGAGCUAGGCUGCUGCACAAGUUUGUUUUCUCACGACCUGAGAAGCACCUUUACCCAGAUGCCUGUAGAUAUGCGUCACCUACAGUAAAUAAUCCUUACUUGAUAUUCUACAUAUUAUAAAUCUCUGUAAUACCCGCAUUUAGCAGCUAGUUUCUCUGUAUCUGUUCUGUAUUUCAUGGUACAUUCACUGGCCCCCCACUCCUCUCCCUUCCCUCUCCUCUAUCCCGAGUCCAAAGGUUACCGACUGUCAUCAACUUUUGCUGUGUUGCCAAAGCAGAACGCUCGCUCGCUCUGAGUGUGCAUUGACCCUCGUUCUGACUCCACUCCUGUGCCGUCGCCAACACACACGCAUCUCAGCAGAGCAAAGGUGCGUUCAGAGCAGCCACCUUUAUCAGUAUCUCACUAAUGGCUUUCUCCUGACUGGCAGUGUACACACACAUUAAUUUGUGGCGAGGACAGUCUGUUGGUGGGAGACUACUACAGAAACAGAGAAUAGCUGUGUUUGUCUUUCUACAUGCGUAUGCUGUUUAUAGAUGAGGGUUUUUUUUUUUCUUUUUUCUUUUAAGAGGGGCUCAUUGGCUGGUGUCUGUCCAUAUAAGACCUCAGCCUCAGAGGGUGGUCCGUUCUCCAUGUGUGUGUGUGUUUGACAUUAUGGUCAGGUAAUGAAGGUGUUUGUCAAAGGGUCAAGGCAUCUGGAGGCAGUCUGCACAGGGGGAUGUCAUUAAUAAGGAAGGAAAAGUAUUCAAGUGUUGGGAAGAGGGCGAAGUGAAGGGAUGAUUGAUACGAAGAGAAAAGGACAUAAAAGACUGACAAAGGACGGAAGUGAGCAGGGACUUAAAGGUUUCUACAUAUGGUGGUUAAUUAAGGAGUGGGUCGAGGUCCAAUUAUAGACAUACCACACACACUCUUAUAGAGAAAAACACCACCGGGUUUACGUAUGUGGUGAGCAAAUGUAUGUGUGUGUCUGUGGAGGCCGUGUACUAAUGACUUCCUGGAAAGGUUUUGAACAUUUUCUCAGAGCUAAAGCUGAAACUUAGAGAGAGCUGUCGUGUUAUCGAUUUUUUUCACAGCUGUUACUGAAAUAGAAACGUGUGCAAAGAAGAAAUACAAACAGCGUUUUUCUGUGUUGAGUAUUUUGAGCAGUGCGCUGGUAUUUAAAGAAGUUUCGAAAAAGUUGCAGUAUGAAAAUACCAAGUACACUUCUGUUUUGUGUGACAAGAACAAGAAAAACAGCAAAUCAUUUUAAUCUACAAGUUAGGACAAGAUGAUUAUUUGAAAAGAUCUCAACUAACCGGUUUUAAAAGUCAGUGUAUAUGAGUGAAUGAAUGCAUAUUGAAAUCUUUAGAGAGCAUGCAAAUAAUUUAACAUAUCAGACAGACAUAUUUUGUGUGUGUGUGCGCCACAGUGAGCAACAGUUAGGUAAAACUCGGUUGCCCCCGACAUGCAAAUAUACCCAACCACAUAUGUGUAUGUUUGUGUGUGUCCAGCCUGUGUUCCAUGACAGUUUCAGUAUUUAGGAGAUGUUGUUAUAACACUGGUUACAUGAGCCUUUACAUCACAGUCCUCUGGGUAAGUGUGUAUAUAUACAAUAGGUGUUUGUGUGUCUGUUCCCAAUGGAAAUCCCCAACCUCUGUGAAGUGUAAGCUGAACCUGGAUGUAUCCAGUCUAUUGAUAUCCUGAACUCUAGAGAGAAAAGAACAACACAUGAAGAAAAAAGGAUUCAGAUAUAAAAAGAAAAUAAUCUAAAUAAAAUUAUUUUGGCCAAUUUUUGCUUCAUCGUUUGAGGUUCUUAUCAGUUUUAAUUUACACACUUUAAAUAUUACCUUUGUCUGAUAUAAAGAAAUAAAAACAAGAACAUCAAAGUUACAUUAGACAACCUCACAGAGGACACAAACAUGCCACCUGCUAUUCCGUUAAAAAAACAAUACCAUAAUUUUGAGUAUAGUUAUUUGGUCCUACAGUCAACAGAAUGAAUGUUCACUCUUUGGUAACAAUGUAAGUGUUAUUGAUUAAUAACUAAUAGUCAAUAUGGAGUGACGGUGACACCCCCAACCCUUGGAUAGACAGGUGAUGGCAGCUUUGAUUUAUCACCUGAGCCACUUGGACCUGGGUGUUUUUCUAGCUAUGAAGCUACACACUUCUAGACAGCUGUUAAAGUUGCACAAGCACCAGGCAGAAAUGAAUUCCUCUCUCUCGGCUGUGAAGUUGUCUAAUCAUUGGUACAUUUUGAAGAAACUGAAGAUUGAUUGUUGGAGUUGAUAAGGUGUCCACCAAAUACACAUAAAACACUAUUACCUGGUUGGAUUGCAAACUUUUUAACCUUUAGUUUAAGAGGCAGGCUAAUUAAGUGGAACUUUUAGUGAAAAGCAUAUUUAUUAUCAUGUACUUUGAAAGGAUAUCUAUUACUUCAGGUAUGCAGGUCAUGUAUUUGUUCUCUCUGUUUUGGCUGAACAUGAUCUCCAAAACUUUGAUAAAUACUUGUUGUCUAUUCCUAGUCUGAAAAUCAUUUAUAAUACUGAGGUGAAUGUUGUGUUUUAGGAUGCAUGGGAACUGUACUCAUGAUGGAUUCCAAGCAAUAAUAGAUCAAGACAGUGAAACUGAAUUCAAAUGAAAUAGUUAAUUUGGAAAUGAAAAACUUGAAUCAGUUUAAGACUUUUGUUGUAGUCCUUGCAGUUUUUUGAAGCCUUUUCUAAAGUAAAUUUGCCACAGGAGUGUUAUUAGAUAACUUUUUGUGUUGAACAGCUCCAGUAAAAAGUACCUGUAAGAAUAACUCCCUUGCCUCCACCACCCAAAUGAGUCAUUUUGAUCUGUAAACGGUGCUUUGCAUGCAUUCGUCCCUCCUUAUAAGAUGGAAUUUGGUUAUGUUUCUCUGGGAACAUCUGGAUCUCCCAGAGGAAAUGUUGGCAAUUACUCACGUUCUGCAGACAAAAGAUAAACAAAGAAAAGCUGCAGGCUCAGGCAUCCCUGGAAGUUCCAGAAACUGUUCUGUGUUGACAUUUCACGGCAUCAAAUCUCCAGCUGAAAAGAAAAUCUGACAUCAGGUCACAGCCUUAAGAUAGUAAUGAAGUUGGAGCUAGAGUAAUCAUAUCAAAGAUUAUAGUUUUAUAGAACUGAGUUUCACACACCAGAAGGUUAUCAUGAAUUUAUACUGUCACUGUUAGGUAUUAGCAAGAACUAGAAACUGUCUUCUCAGGACUGUUUAGUACUGCUUCAUGCUCUCUUCUUCUGCUCCUGAUAUUUUGUUUUUCUUUUCAACCUCUCUUCUAAUUCCACAUUUAUCCAUCUCCCUCACAUCUUUUCCUUUGUGAAACCCUAUCUUCUUACUCCUGUCUCCUCUGUGUUUCUUCUCCAAUUCAAACAUGCCCCAUUGCUGCAAACUCUUUCUCUCUUAGCCAACCUUGGAGCCUAAACUUAAGGUAUGUUUAGUUUAGGAUUAGGAGAAAAAUAUACAAGGGAACUUCUUUAAGGUAGUAGUUGAAGUAUUAUAAAAUCUUUUUGUGUCACUUUUGUUUUUGUAAGGAUAAAACUGAUAAGUUUAAGUUAUAUAUUGUGCUUGUAAGUAUCGUUAACACUAGGGCCCGACUGGUAUGGAUUUUUUGGGGCCGAUGAUACCGAUUAUUAGGGGGAAAAAAAAUCUGAUUCAAUCAAUCAAAUUUUAUUUAUAUAGCACCAGUUCACAACAGUCGUCAUCUCAAGACGCUUUUCAAAGAACAAGAGCAGGUCUAGACCACGCUCAUUGUUUAACGAUUAAUUGGACCAGCACAGUGGGAAACAUCGUGAAGUGGGUCGAACUGAAACAUGUUGGCUUAUUGUGUACUUCACAAACUAGUUUAAUUACCGUUGAGGCGGACCACUCUCCUCUGUGCGUCCCUGAGCUGCCUGCUAAAGAUCCGUCACUCUGCUGUGCUGUGAGGUAGUUAGUGGAUUGUCAUGAGGUAGCUGCGCCAUCUACAGGAUAAGUUGGGGAACUUUUCAAAUGGCGGAACAUUUUCGAAGUAAAACUGAAUCUUAUUCUCCGCAUUUUAUUUCUGAAAAUAUCAGCGAAAAUCUGCGAGUUUUGGCUGAUUACCAAUUAGUCUCAAAUGGGCUAAAAUUGGCCGAUUUAAUCAGCCUGCUGAUAAAUCAGUUGGGUCCUAGUUAGCACAUUGUUGAAUUCAAACAGCGCCAAGCUAGCUAAGCAAAGCUAAACUGAUUUUCAUUCGGCAAGUUAGUGACUCUCAAUUAUAAUAUUUCUAUUGAGAUGUUUUCAACAUUAAAUGAUGUUUUUGAUUAAUCACGGUUGUUAUUGGUUAUGACAUGUAGAGUCUGGUUUAUGCCAUUUGUUAGUGGAGCCCCAUUCCUACACAGACACUUCCAUACACAGCUUGAAGAACACCUGAAAAAUGUAAAGAUGCAUAAAACUACAGCAAACAGCAAGCCCUGUGAUUGGUUUCCUGGGUAGCGACACAAACAACAAUGUUCAAGUCGAGAUGAGUCUCACUUUGACGAUUCUUCUCAGCCACGGUACAAAGUCGACCUGCUGGUUCACGAAGAGGAAUUUAUAUGACUCCAACAUAAUGCACUCAGCUUCAGUUACUUUGGUUUGCUGUGCACAAACAAGCAGCGAAAUGUGAGGUGGAACUGAAAGCUGGCAAUAUGACAUGAAAAAUGCACUGCCAACUUGUGUUUUGGGGGGUAAUUGCAGAGCGACACAGACACUCUUAAAACAGAAGUUUGUGAUGCACAUGACAGCACAGGCCACAGCAUAUAGUCAGUGUAAACCAGGCUUUACAGCUAAACUGUGAAUGAUGAAGUGAAUGACUUAGCGUACAAGAAUUACUUGAAUUGUUAUUGCAUUUUUGGAGUCAUUCAUUUCUUUUUGCACUUGUUUUUGUUCCUGACUAAUUACACCCAGGCGAGCAUGAUUACUGUGAGUAUAUGAAUGAGUCAACAAAUAGUGUUAAAAAGUCAUCUGCUGGUCUGUGCCUCAGUAUUCUGCUCUGAUAAGUUCACUGACAGAUUGAUGUGCAUCGUUUGCUACACGCUGUUGCAUAUUUGAUGUUAUGACAUACAGCUUUUAAGUCUGUGUUUGCAAAUGUAUGUGCCACAUAUGAAAUUAUAACCAUUUACAUAUCAGCUUAGCUUUUUCAUUUGUCUAAUCCUCUAUAAGAAGAUUAAAUAUAUAAUCAAUGCUAAGUUUUUAGAUUCAUUUAAUCUGUCCUUUGUGCUUUGACAAUUUCUCUGGAUUUCCAAGCAGAUCUUCCUCUCCUCUCAGCUGACAGUGAUGAUGAUGAUGAUGCUGAUAUUGAUGCACUUGUGUAUAUAAGUCAUCCUUCACUGUCUCUGUUACAACAAACACUCUGAAUCUGGACCAUUGUUUGUCAGGAUGUCUGGGCGAUGUGUUUGUCUGUCCUAUGAGCUCUUACCACUAAUUAUAGGUGCAGUAGCUGUGUGUUUGUGAGUGCUUUCGUGUGCGGUCAUAGUAUCUUGCAUUUGACCCCUAAAUGAUGCUAAUGACAUGUUGACACUGGCUACUGUGGCGUCAUUUUGCAGCUUGUGAGUAAGCUGUGACAUUACAGUGGACAUAGUGCACAAUGUUACCGUCUGUUUUUGGCUGUUGGCUGUUUCUGGUAAGAUAUCAUGUAACAGCAGCCUCGACCACUACUGCGAUCGCUAUCUUCUGCGGUUUUUCCAUGUUUUCCUUUUAGAUUAUAAGGCUUUUCAUGUCCAUACGCAGAUGUUAUUAUGUCAUAUACACCUUUCAGGACCACAAAUGAAAUCUGUUUGACAAAACAUUUAGACAGCCUUCAGUUUGAGUCCUAUCUGAGAUUUUUGGCUAAACAGUGCUCAAAUCAACUUAACUUUAUUCUGUAGCAUUUCUUUUCAACAAAUGUAAUCUCAAUCAGAUGGGAUCAAGUGGAAAAACCACAGUUUUUGUUUUGUAAGUACGUCUGAAAAUUUCUUCACACAUAGUUUGGCAAAAUUCUUAAAUUCUAAACAGUUUUCUUUAUUGUUAGCAUUAGCAAAGAGAGCGAUACACCUUUGUUUUUCAAGCUAACUGAAUGCUAUAUUUUGACACGUUCUUAUAGAUUUCCAUGAGAGUAGAGCAGAGGCUUCAAACACCUCCAUCUUCCAUAAACUGUUGAAAUCAGGGAUAAUUUAGCUCUGUUUAAAGCAAGCUGGCUACGGGUUGUUGAUUGUUGUGCGCUCAACCCGCUAACGUCUUUAUUUUUGUUGCCGUCUAGGAGCCUAACAGCGGACACCCCACCCUGGUUACCCUAAAAGUUGACCCUGAUGGAUUCUUCCUCUACUGGACUGGAGGCUCCAACCUGGUGAGACUCACAACCACACACACUAACAUAUGCAAAUCCUUACACACCGCCUCAUAGGCUGUUCCUAUAGAAAGCCAAAUGGAGUGUCGUCUAUCUCAAGAUCAGACAUAAAUGGGCACUCUAAAGCAGACCACAAUGGAUUCUGUAAUGCAUCAACAUGAGCGCGUUUGCGGAUAAAACCCUCGCUGUUUAUUUCUUUAUUUCCUUUAACUCUACCACAUAUCUUUGUGUCUGUUAUUGUGGUUUAUCUAGUCCAUUAGUUCAGCAGACGAGGGUUUUAUCAGUUUGUCUUGAUCUCCGCUCUCGUCUGCUCUUCCUUCCUCAUUUUGUCUCUCUGUGGUCUUUAUCCUUUUAGUGAUCCAUUAAUUUCACUCCAUCCUUGUCAAAUCAACCACCAACCACUGGCUCCAUCAUUUUAUGGUGGUGAAUUUGGGGGUUUUAGACAGUCAGCUGACAUGAUUAACCAUGGUUGUUUUGUGCAGAUACCAAGUUUGUUCAAAUUUGAGAAUCAUUUAACAUCUCAGUAUUAUUUUAUAUCAAUCUUUUACAACUUUCUUCAACAUUUGCAUAAACAAUAAACAUCUCAUAAACACAAAACCCAAUCUCGCUUUAUCGCCUCUCUGUCUUUUGGCUUUAUUCCACCAUCUAUCUCCUGUCUGCAGAUGCACAGUUUGUCUGUGUGAUGACGGUCUGCUCAGAACAUUUUGUGAGGCCUGUUGGAUCAAAUGACAUUUCAGAGCAGCUCAAUUAACUCGCCAAAACUCUCCCAUCCAAAUCUCUCAUCUGUGUUGUCUCUCUCUCUCUCUCUCUCCCUCUUUGUGUCUAUUCACCCACAAACACACACUGUCCUCUUUAUUUCUGGCUAUCUAUUUAUCGGAAAGGCAUGUAAGGAAUGACCAGUUGAUAGCCAAUAUUAUCACUGCGUUGUGUCUGUGUGUGUAUGUGUGCUGUUUAAAGUGUGUAUAUGUGUGUGUGUGUGUGUGUGUAUACAUUUCUUGGCCAGAGAUACACGUCAUCUUUUGUGCCUUCCUUCACGUGUGUCAGCAUGUGGAAAUGCACUCACAUAACAGGCACAGGCUUUAAAUACUCAUUCUAUCCUGAUGUCUUGUGCCUGUUACAUGCACAUAGUGUGUGUGUGUGUGUGUGUGUGUAAGUGUGUGUGUAUGUGUGAGAUAAUAGGCCAUUUGUCGCCUGAGGUGCAACUGUGACACUAUUUGGCAGGGAGUCGGCCCCUGUCAUAUCUUUUUCGUAGAUAAAGAUGAACUGUACAAUGACUGUAAGCUUUUACUCGAUGAUCCACGACCAAAAACAAGGAAUUAAAUAAAACUGCAUCUUUUGUGAGAAAAGAAAAUAAGAGGAAGAAAACUCUGAUGAGUGCAAAACUGGUUGCAGAAAUUGAGGUGAAACAUCUCUAAAAACUAGCUCUGACAUGUUUGCUUUCUCGGAUUCAGAUAUGCAAAUUAGUCAUUUUCAUAACCCCGUGUCAGAUUUUAUCUCGAAACUAAAACAAUUCCCAAGUCAGAGGAACUUCCCGCAGCUUCCCUGGAAACACAAGAAAAAAAAGCAGCACCGGUGCCACCUCAUUUGCCUCAUGUGCCGCAGUGUUUGCCUUUUCCUUCAUGACUUACUUACUGAGAGCUUUUCAUCUUUGUUAAUCUUGGCACAACUGAGCUGCAUUGUGGCCACUCUUCUAACUGCAGUAGCGGGAAAGCUGCUCGCUGCAGGCCACAGCCACAAAAAUUGAAAUAGACCUCCAAACAUCCCGACUAUGCGAACCAAUCAUAGGAAACGAGGGACUUAAAAUAUGAAUGAAGUGAGGUCACAGAUGAUAAUGAUUUCUCUGGAAGUUUUGUAACAAGUGGAUGUUAGAUAGAAAAAGUCGAAGCUUUUGAACCGCGCUUCCCACAGAGUGGCUAAUGCUGUGAUGUCUGUUUCUUCAGCUUUUCUGUGUAUUAAAUUUCUUCAAUAAUGCAGGUCUAACUCUCUCUGGCUCCCAGACAAUCUGGACUUGAGAAAUGAGACACACCCUUCAAACCUUCUUUGAGUCUUACAUGGCUUGUCUGUAUUGUUUUAAUGUGAAAACACUUAUAGAAAUGGACUGUGGCUUCAAAGAGGUCCUAAAUUAAAGUGAACCAAGAGCGACUGUAAUGAAGCUUUAUUUCAGCGUUGUGGCUUCCCAGGAGAUUUCCAACCAGAGCUGAAAAGAAAGAGGACACUGCAACACAGAUAUCCAGCUAUUAUUAAUGGGAACAGUUAAUACGCCUUUACACAGAUGACAUGGGUAUUCUGGAUGGAACCCAUUUCUCUGAAUAGAGGUACCCAAAAUAUUAGAUCUCCAGGUGGGUUUUUUUAGUUUUAUUUUGGAUGGUCUGCUUUUAAUACGUCAAACAAUAGAAGCAUCUGGCUUUGUAUGUAAAGAUUCUCCUCAUUUAGAUGAUGGAUUGUGUUCCCUUUUUGACGAUGGGUUGUGCUCUCCCCUGUGAAAGCGAUCAGUGAGUGGAACUGGAUAGGGCUUUGUAAGUGUAAUUUUAGCCAGGACAUGUAAGGACAUCUGAUUGUUUUUGCCCUAAAAUGUGAAAAGAGAGAAAAGAAAGCUUCCCUCUAAGAUUACAAUCGUACAUGAUUUCUAAAGCAAACUUUCAGUUACCCUAGCUAGUCAAAUAUAGCAGUGUGAUUUGGAAUCCAAUUUACUUAAAGUGUUUAAUUGUUAAAUUGUGAUUUAAAAAGUUUUUAGUCAAAUUCACGUUACCUGUGUCAUUUUCAAGGGCUUUUCUUCAGCAGACUACAGUAGCUCAUUAGCAAUUCGCCUUGAAAUUGUGGGCGGAGACAGCAGUGCUCUGAACACUCCUCUUUACGCUAUAGCUUGUAGCCUAACAUUGCCGGUGCAGCAGAAGCAGCAGGUAACAUAGGAGCUAUUUAGCUCUUGGAUACUAAUGUCUUUAGGGACAUGAUGAAAGCUAGAAUCAUGAUUGGUUUUCUUACGAUCAUUGCAAUCUGCUAUCGUCCUCUCUACUUCUGGGGUCCGGCCUGCAGGACAGGGCUCCAUUAGUUUACAUCCAGGUAGUAGAGCAUUAAAGCAUUAUGGCAGUAGCUACUUAUUGGAGCUACAGUCUUAGGUGGGAGAUGCCUGGCAGCACUGCAGCUUAGAAACUAUUACUCUACAUGAAAGUUCCUUAUUAGUUUGAUCCCACCAAAGCACCAAAUAACAACCACUCUCUUUGCAGCUCUUUACCUCUGUUUCCAAACUAGAAGCUCUGGAUUUAGCAUCUGGAGAUUGCACUGUAGGGGCUACCAUUUGUUUCAUAUCAAGACUCUUUGGACUGUGGAUCACAAUGCUGUCAAAAACAUCAGGUGAUCGAGUAAAAUAUGAUCUGGAGAACUCCGGCACUAAGAUAGAACAUGGUCAUUAUGCUGGUUGACAUUAAGUCUUGUGUGUUAAGAAAAAACUGAAAGACCCCUGUGCAGGUUUUCUCUUGUAACCCAUCAAUCGUCUCUCAUUCGUCUUCAUUCCUGUUGGACAUUUUUGGCUCAUCUUCCGCUCCCAUCUUUAACUUUCUUUGACAACUCUUCCUCUUAAAUCUGGUUUAUCUCACCCCCCCUAUCUGAAAAUGCAACCUUCCUCUAGGUGUUCUUUCCUUGUGUUGAUUCUCCAUCCUCCAUCCAUUUUCCCUCUCUUCACUCAGCCCCAUCUGUUUUGUGUCGGCCUCAUUUUGUUUAAUAUUUUACUUUAAAUAAAUCUAUACUUUUUCCAGAGGUUCAUUAGUUUCUGUCUCCUUCCUCACACCAUUUCUUACCAAGUCUUACAGGACUCUUCCUGCCUGACCGGUAAGCUGUGACUGAUAUUUUCUUCCUCUUUGCCUCUUAUUAAUCUUAAACAUCUUUCCCUCUCUUCCUCUCACUCCUUCCUUCACUCCCUUUUAUCUUCCUCCCUCCGUCUCUGACUAAUGUGCUGAGGUUCCACAUGCGAGACUUCUGAUGUGUGUUUUUGUGUACCCAGAGUCCAGAAUUUCCCAUAAUGCUACAGUCAUUGGUUGCGAUAACAACCAACUGUCGCUGACACACACACACAGACACACAAAGACACACACUAACAGCUACACAGAGGUUUGGCAGUGACACAAGGAGACACACCCCUCCCUGCACAAAUCUGCACUGUUUUUCUUUCCUUUUCUCUCACUGCUGUUUGUCUUCUUGUCCGUCAAGUCUAGACUAUUAAAACCACGACAGUGUUUGCACUUUGAGAUUAAUUUUUCACUAACAUGAUCAGUAACAUAUUCAAACUUAAAACGAGUUAACUUAUCAAGCUGGAAUGCUGCUUUACACUUGUGAUUUAUAGGAGUUGUUCUUCUGUGGGUGCUCUGCUGGCAUGAAUCAAAGAGGGUUCACGGGGGUUGAAAUUUAUGAAAACAUUGAAAAGUAAUGACACCAGGACUUGGUAACAUAACACACAGGCUGUGCUGAAUGUUAUUGUAACACGGAUGAUCCUGUUUGAUGUAGCACCUUGGAGAGAUGGACUCCCACUUUGCUAAUUUAUAUGUUUAUACCUAAGCAGAUUUGUUCCAAGUGGUAGCUUCGAUUAAACAGCCCAUAUUUCACUACUUUCUAAAUUUUGAAUUACUCAUGCUCAGCUGGAUAGAUGAACAUCGGACAGCAGAAACACUUUGGAUGAUGGAGUUGGAGCAGUGUGGCAAACAUGGGAGCUAAUGUUUGACUGUACCAAAAUAAAAACCUCUACAAUAUACCCUACAGGUUAUUGAAGUUGUUCAUAAAAGUGAAGAAGUUUUUGGUAAAUAAAAAAAUUAAAAUGUGGUUAUUUUUAAGUGUGUACAACUUGUGACAAGAGUUGUACAGUUUAAGAGGAAGAGUUGAGCCCCUCUCAUUGACUGGCUGCAGUAAAGGUCAGAAAGCUUGCCUCCUCCAUGUUAGCAUAUGGGACACAGGUCAAACUUUAGGGACAGGACUUCAGAAUUGCAGCUCCACCAGUCAAUCAUUACUAGCAGACCCUGGCUCCAGUGUGGGAUCGCAAAGUCAGCAUCCUUUAAAAGGAUUAUUUUGGCUUCACUCUUGUAUAACAAUAAGGAGGUUGAAACAUGUCCAUCUUUACAUUCAGUCAGUAGUUGUGACCAUAUGCGUCACCCCCCACACACACAAACACACUUUUUGUCAGGGGGUCAUUUUGUCUCAAUAUCACACAAAUCCUUCACGUGUAAGCCAUUGUUACCCCAGUUAUUUUCAGUAGUAUAGAAACUGAACGCACCAUCCGUAUUCAUCAGAGUUGCAAAGAGCCGCAGCAGACCUUCAGAGGAUAACAAAAACGUGCAGCUGUAGCAAAUCUGCGUCUGUGCCAAGUUGAAGCUGCGACCCAGAAUGUGCUUUUUCUUCUGAUACUACCCGUGGUGAGUUAGAAAACUUGUUUGCUUGUUUAACCCCAUGAGUAAUAAAUAUAUUCAAGGGGACGUUAGUUGGUCAUAUGAAAUAAGUCUACGCAUUUUAUAGUAGCCAUACCAAAAGUAAAAUCAAUUAUAGUCAUCAUUCCAAAGUCCCCACCACUUUUCGGAACAAACUGACACCCUUGGAUGUGACCCCUCAUUGUGGACUCAUAACAUUAAGCUUUGAAAGUGAUCCCCAAUGCUGGUUGGUAGGUCAAGUCUCUCUAAGGCUAAAAAUCUGAAUGCUAACUACAUGCCAGUGGCUAAGAGUUACACUGCCGCAUCCCAAAUCCACACAUCUGUUACAACAUAUGCUCGCUCCCUCCUGCUAAUCCUGCUGUGCCUGUCCUUUUUAUGUCCUCUGAUCCAAACCAGCCUCCACCUCCUCUUUACAUUUGCACCCAAGAUUAGAUGUUUAAGGUUGAGACAGCCGUGUUGUGACAGAUGGAGGAGAGGGGUGAAGGAGUUCUCCAAAAAGGUUAAAAAGUACCUUAAACCAAAACUGUUGCUCACUUCACAUCUACAGAGAGUUUGUUGAUUGUUUUAUUGCACAGAGAGCCGCUGUCGUGAGCUUGAAUCUGCUGAAGUUAUGUGGACUCCAGUAGUGAGCACAAAUUCUUAGAAAUGUUGUUGGAAACUUGUUCAACCACUCCUGCAGCAUUAUUAUCAUCAUUAUCUUAACCAUUAUCUUUGCAGGUAUUUUAUCUUUUUGUAAUUUAAUCCUUCUUUAUCUUUUUAUCUAAUUCUCCUUGAAUAUUUGUUGUUUAGUGUGGCACAGUGUAGCAGUCUCCCAGUAUACCAAGAUACCUGUCACAAAGUCUUCACAACUCAAACUCAACUCACCUUGUUCUCUUUGCUAAAGAAAUCAGGCAAAGCUAUAAAGAUGUUUGGUAGUUAGUGUUGUGGAUGGGACCCUAUAUGUACUGUUGAUGACGUUAGGUGCUGUUCAUUGGUCAUUUUUUUGUGGCAAUGCAAUCAGACUGAGACGCCAAGGCAGAAGAACUACCGGGUCUGCAGUAGGCCUGGACGAUAUAGAAAAAAAGCAUAUCGAUAAAAAAUAAAUCAUAUUGAUCGAUAUCGAUAAUUAUCGAUAUAAUUGUUAUAAUUAUUUAACAUAUAUUUUAAUUGCAGCCCUGGAUGUUUUAUGCUAUUGCUUAAUGACCUACUUUUAAUAAAGAACACACAAGCACUGAAUUCAAAUUCAAACCUUUAUUCAACCACCUUUUUUAUUUUACCACAACUGAAAGUUUUUUAAAAAAGAACUAAAAAAAAAAAAGAAAUCAACUUAAGUGGCCUGAGUGACGUCAGUAAAUACUGACAAACAUAAAGACUAAAGUGACCAGAAAAUCUGAUAAAUAAAUAUUUAAAUAGUCUUUUGAUUAAAAUAAACAAAUAUAUAAAUAAACAGAAUAGCUUUAGGUGGGAAUAGCAUACUACCAGUUUUAACUGUGUGGGAAACUGCCCACAGCCUGGUGUCUGAACACUGAAAUAUUUCUCCCGGGUUCAGGAGAUUUAUUUUUUUUAAUUAUCAUGUGAUUGACUUAAUACGCAAACUGAGCACGAGAAGCAGGACUUAUCCACGCCGGUGUUGUGUCGUAGAAUGCACCCCUGCCGAAUGCACCCCCUGCUAGUAGCCAUGAUCCAAAUACUCGCGUCUUUGUAAAAUAUGAGCUAAUUUUCUUCCACUUUAAGAAGCUACACCGGAACGUAUUUCCUCCGCACCCUUCUCACCUUCUCAACCCCUGACCCAUUUUCAUGCCUGAAGCGCUGUGUUUGAGAAAUACUUGCGGCCGGACACUUCAUAUCGCGGGUCGAGAGUGGCUAGAAGCUGGUCGAAGCCAGGCUUUUCAACGGUAGUUAUUGGCAGUAUGUCCCUCGCUAUGGAGCAUGUUACUGCAUGGGUGAUGUCCUUAGGCCGCUCGGACGCUUUGUCGUAUUUUGGCAAGAAACGAAGUCCAGUUUGGUCUGCUUCACAUGCUUUGUGCUGGUGCUGGCAGCGGUUCCAGAGGAUUCCUCCGACGAUGACGUGGAGCCGCGGCGCGGCCGACACAGCUCGUACUCCUGCGGGUGCGAUCGGUUUAGAUGGUAAAACAAGUUGGUUGUGUUACCAGACUUGGUUUUUACUAAUUCUCUGCAAAUUUUGCAAACGACUGCUGUUCGCUUUUUGUCAGACUUCUUAAAACCAAAACAUUGCCAUGCUGGUGAACUACUGAAACCUUUUUUCGGGACAAUUUCCUCCGCUUCUCCUUGCUGUAUCAUUUUUUCUAAUACACGUGCUGUCUGUUGUGGUUUGAUAGGGGCUGGGCUUGGUGCCGUAGCGUACCUGGGUCUGCGUUUGUGAUUGGUUGGGAGGAAGUAAUGACUGUAGUAAAAGCUACAUGAUAGGCUAUGAUGAAAAAGAAAGAGAAACUGUGUUUUUCUAUCGAACUUUUUAUCGACCCGUUUUUUUUCUAUCGCACCACACGUCUAUCGAUCGAUAUAUAUUGUUAUCGAAUUAUCGUCCAGCACUAGUCUGCAGUGCAAAAUGAUUAUGAUGAUUAUUACUUCAAGGAAAUGACAAAGUAAUGAUCAUAAAUGUUCUUCCUUGAGCUGCGUCACCCCACAGCAGUCCAUAAUGGACUCACCCAGAGGUCUCUGUACAAACAAGUGGCUGCUGGAAGAGAGUGAGUGAUUUGUGUUUAGUCUCUUUGCUAAAGAAAUUAGGCAAAGCUAAAAAAACGUUUGGUGGCUAGUGCUGUGGCUGGGACCCUAUAUGUACUGUUGAUGAAGUUAGGUGCUGUUCUGAGCAUUAUUUGUGGCUAUAGAUUGGCUUUUUGGUUGAGGUUUGUUUAUGGCUCCUCAGACCGAUGUGUAUUGCUAUCGUGCAGUUGUUACUAAAGUUGGUACAACUGGAGAAGCAAGCGGUCGGCAACAUUCAUCUCUCGAGGGGGUGUCUAACUCGGUGUUACGGUGUGUUUGACCCUAAAUUAAUUUUAUGCCGGAAUAUCCCUUUAACUCUACCUCUUUGCAUUGUCCUAUGUAAGGACCACCAUCUCUGGACCACCAUAACAUGUCUCCAGAAACCAGUGGGUGAUGUUACUGAGUCCACAUCCAUGUUUUAAACAGCCUGUGGGUUGGACUCAUGCAGUGCCUUGGAUGACACUAACAGAAUGAAAGCUGUGUUAAAAAUGAAUCAGAUUUUUCCACCUUAUUUAAUUUUCCAUUUCACUCUCCAUUCAUUGGGAAGUGAAUGUCUUGGUAACAGAGAAUAGACACUAGAUGCAACACUGUGGUUUGAUGAUUUGUGUGGAUUUCAACCUUAUGUAAAGACUGGUUUCCUCUUCACAGCCCCCGCAGAGCUAACCAGGCCACAUAUUAUUCAUGGCACCUGAUUUCCCUGUUGAACAUGCUGUUUUUCCACACUGUUUUCGCCAGCAAAGCUAAUUUGUCGGCUAAAUUGUGGUUUCUAAUGGAUGAACAGACUUGUCUGAUUUAGAGCUGAUCCCUGAGGAGGGCAGGCUAACCAUCCACAGUGAGAAUCAAACACCUGGCACUGCAGCUAAUCCCCCUGCUUCUGUUUUACUUUGGCCGCCCCUUUCUUACCCUGUUUUAACCGUCUCUAAUUUGUCAUUCUUGACUAUACCUUUUACUUUGGUGUCACUUUGUCUUGGGGCAGCUGGUAGCCAUCACAGAGAGACCAAGCAAGAGCUGCUAUAAUAUAAACUGAAGGAUGACACUUCCUCCCUCUCUGCUCUCCAUCUUUUCUCGCUAUUUUUCUUCCUCUGCUUUUUCUGUAUCCUCUGUCUUUUUUUCUAACCUUCAUCUUCUCAUCUUCUCUCUGAUUCCUCCUCCUUCCUCUUGCUAAUCAUGUCAUCUACACCAUUUCUUCUGUAGUUCCUUCCAACUAGAGUUAUUGCCCCUUAAUUUCUUGCAACAACACUUCUAAUCUUUCUCCAUUCUCUCCCUCUGCGUGGGAAAAUGGGCAGGAAGUUACUCAGACGGGGGUGAUGGGGGUUCUGGAGAAUUUUGUUGCCCUCUCUUCCCCCCCAUCCUUUUUCUUCUCCCUCUCCUCCUCCACAAAUUCCCUUUUCCCUGGAUUCCUCCCUCCCUCUGCUCUCUUUCCUCCCGCCCUCCCUCUUUUUUUAGCCGGACAGGUCAUGUCAAUAGCACCUGGCCUUUAAGACACUCGCCCUCAGGGAUGUAAUUGAGUCGUCACAGAGCUCCAAUUUAGUCUCUAAUUGUGCUGAAUUGAUUUCACAUACCUUGGCCAGAUUUUGGGGGUGGGGAAACAACAAACAAACAGUGACUCCAAUGUGUCAGGAAUUACCUGUGAUUGGAGUUUAACAAACACCCUGGGGGGCUAUUUAUCUGUCAGCACAUUUUACUGGAGGAGGGAGGGAGAGUGGUUUAAACCAUGUCAGUCCAAUACGAGGAGAGGUGUGGCUCAUUAGUGUGGGGAGUUUGGGUUUAAAAGUAAGCAUAAAUGAGAGGUUUUUAGAAGUCUGUAUUUAUACAUGUACACAUUUAGUACUGUGUUUGACUGAUUUUGCAAAUGUAUAUCUAUUUUGGCUGUAAGAUUAAUAUCUUGUUUUAAUCCUCAUCAAUUGCAGAAUUUAGACAGUGAAUUUUGAGUGAUUGCAUUCGUUAUUAUCUGAUUUUCAAAAUUCUAUUAUGCAUUCAAAACAGUUUUUGAGUCCAUAUUAAUAUUAUUAAUUUAACUAGUGUCUUGAUUUGGGAAUCAACCAAAUGUUAUGAAGUUUGCUUAUUUAAGUUACUAUUUUGGGUGUUUUGUUUGCCUUUAAUAAUCGGACAACGGAGAGAAACAGGAAACGUUGGAUAGAGAGAGGGAAUGACAUGCAGCAAAUGGUCAAAACAGUGACCCCUGUGGGGACUAUAGACAUGGGCGAGCUAGCUUGCUAUGCUAUCUGCAUGCUACAUAACAAAAUGUACUUAAUCAGAAUACUUUUUUUCCCCUGAUUAUAAAAAAAAAAAGUAUUCCGAUCAAGUACAUUUCAUUACUUUUGGUGGAUUCCCAAAUCAUGACACUUACUAGAAUUAUUUUAAAUUAUUUAUAUGGACUAAAAAACUGAUGAUCUUGAUUUUUACAUUUAGCAUUGAAAUCAGUUCUGCACUGCUGCACCUUUGUGGUUUGAAAUCACGGCUUAGCAAAAGGAGACAGCUUCUAUGUGUUUAUUCUGUGUUAAAAGGGCCUUUUUAUUCUUUUUUAAGGGUAACAUAGUUGGAGAUAUGCCAGAGUGCAUAUACAAAAUCUCCAUCCAUUGUUGUGAAGGUGUGCAGUAGUUUAGCUAAUUUACUGAUGCCCAAUAAUCCCUGGUUAUUGCAGCAUAGAGUUUGCACUAUUCUGGAGUUUCAGUUUGUUUGCUUUUAUACACAUCCUAUAUGGUCUUGUAUGGUAGCCAGGAAGUGUCAGGGGAUUUGCGUAUUUGAAACGCUUUGCAAUGUAAACGAACACAAAUGCAAACAGCCACAAUGCACGAAUGCAAACGACAGAGGUACAUUUACAACGGAAACAGAAAUGGACCAACUACCACCAAUGUUUUUUUAUGACGGAUUGUUAUUACUGACGGACACAUUAUGGAUGGAGGGUUGGAAAAAUAAGUAAACUAUAGUUCACUUGCAAAUUUCCACUAUAAUAAACAUUGUUUUGGGAUGAUCUCAGUCAGCAAUGGUUUAGGCUUUUAACACGGAUUAGCAUUAAAUAAAUGAAUAUCUUAACCAUUGAUUACUGAGGUGAUCGCAAAACAAUGGAUCUUGAAGAUGCAAAUUGCCUGACUCUUCCUGGCCACCAUAGUCUUAACACUUCUGUAUCCCAUGAUUGGCAGGCAUAUCGCAACAUGCCUAAGUCUUCUAUAGUCCUUACCUGCCUGGAGUCAGUUGCCACCCAUUUAGCAGUCACAGAUCUGUGGUAGGGAUGCACUGAGCCAAUAUUUGGAUCAGAUAUUGGCUCCGACAUUGACAAAUGAACUGGAUCGGAUUUCUGAUGAAUGACGCUGAUCCUGUUAAUUAGUUUGUGGAAGUCCAACUUCUUUUUGCUGUGUGCUACUGUGCAAUUUGUUAUUUGUUAAUAAAUAAUAUUCAGUAAAUUUAUAUCUGUGUUAAUUUUUAACUUUUUUUAAACAAGGCUAAUGUCAAGCCUGAUGCCUUCACUCACAGGUAUACAGUUCAUUCUUCCAACAGUGAUAUUGGAUUGGUAUCGGAUACGGCCAAUACGUUCAGCCCAGGUACCGUUAUUGGAUUGGAUCGGAAAAAAAUGGAUCGGUGCAUCUCUAAUCUGUGGCAUUUGUGAUGUUGUUGCCUGCUGACAUCAGUCUCUUAGCUGCACUUGAAUGCUUAGCUCAUAGGUAGUAGCCGUAACUUUAAGUACUUGGUGAUAUCUUAAUUUCAUUUGACACUAAGUGCACAUUAACUUUUGGCUCGUCAAUUGAGCUGUCUGGGAGUAUUUCAAAAUAAAAUGUGCCGUUCAAAAGUGCAGUGUCAUUACUUUUCCAUCAAAGAGGGAGCAGGACGUGCUCAGGAUUUUUAAUAUGCCAUUUCAGUUCAAAUGGGAGCUAAAAUGGAAAAGCAUAAACAGCCGUCAACUGAAUGACUUUUUAUACUUAUAUUUGUACUGGUGGAUGGCGCCAAACUCACAACUGCUUGCAGCCUUUAUUUAGAUUUUUCUUAAGAACUACUGAGGUCAGUUUUUAUACCAAGUGUAGAGAUAUAAAAUUUAACUCAAUCUUCUCAAAGGUGAACAGUACCGGCAAUAUUCAGAUUUUGUUAGCUCAGAUCUGCAUUGUUCCCUGCCAGGUCUUACAUCAUCACUUAAUUGCUAAAACUAUCUCUUCAUUUUCAGUUGGAUGGUUCACAGGUUGAACUACACAUUUUAAAUUCCUUGAUAAUAGCCCUUCAUUGAUGGAGUAGGACUGGUAUUACUUGGUGUGUGGGGAUGCCAAGCUUGGGAGUACUUUCAAAGUGUGAGUGUGUGUGUGUGUGUGUGUGUGUGUGUGUGUGUGUAUGUGUGAGUUUGAGUGGGCCAGCUGAAUUGUAGUGGAAUGACUGUUGGCAGGUAUAAGUAGAGAUCUAAUGGAGAUUAUCUCCAGGGCUCAAGUCAAAUAUCCCCAAGGAAUUAACUUGGAACAAGGGGCUUACAUAACACACACACAGACACAGACACACACAAACACACACACACACACAAUCAGUGAUUGGUCAGCAGAGGAAGUUGAAUGUGUCAGUCACACUCAACUUUAACUUCCUCCCUCCCCUGUCUGCGUUUGGUCACAUGUUUUAUUUUCUGUUGACAUUAUCGGUGUGUGCACAUGUCAGCCUACAUGUUCACUUUCCCACACACACAUGCACACACACACGCACACGCACACACGUACUGUAAUGACAGUUUUGUAAUGAUAAAAGAACAGAGACAGUCUGCGGUAUCAAAUCUAUUUUCUUAGCAGAUGCUUCCUUUAGACUGUCAAUAUGAAAGUUUGCUUUUUUGCUUUGUAGCCAUUGACACUACUGUGUGUAUGUGAGAAGAAAUUACACUUUGAAGGACAACCCUGGCAGAUGUAUGUUUUAAACUUAUGUCACUGUAAAAUCUAUCAUUGUGCAUGAAAGAGUGUGAAGCCAAAACAUUUCUGGCUUUUCUCGCUGACCUAGAGCCUCAAACCUUCCUUUGGCUGAAAGCAAAAAUUGACUGAUUCAUUACACACAUUCUGCUGUCCCUUUUCGCUUUAUUCAGAUUUAUUCCUGUACUAACUUAACACCCUGACAGGUUGUCUUAAAGUGAUAAACCAAGGCUAAUCGCUGUCUCACUCUCUCUUCAUAUUUGUCUUACAUGCCAAACAGUCUCACUUAAAUCCUCAUCCAACUUUCCCCAAAGUUAGAAAGUUUUCCUUAAAGUGACGUACACUGACAAACAACUACCUUCUCCAUCCUGUCUCUGUCUGUUUUUCAUGUUCUGUUUAAUCUGUGUGUUUGUGUGUUUUUGUGCGAGUGUGUGUGUGUGGGCUGUGGCUGACUCCGGAUGUUGUAAAUUCAAUCCCAUUGAUCUUCUGUGUGUUUGUAUAUUGCGGGAACAUUUGUGAUUAGUGCAACUAUUUUCACUUAGUGUGGGUUUCUGUGUGUGUCUGGCUGCAUUCUGCCCUUAUUUAUCAGCACCCUGGAGACAUUUGGUAUGACUGUGCUGUUUAUGUGUGUGAUGUUUGACUUAGUAUUUGCUUUUCCACUCAUAAAUAAUGUUUUCUUUCCCUUUUCUCAUGAAUUUGGACUUCAUUUCUCUUUCAUGUUUGAUUGUUUACUUUUUAUCAGUCCAACUCUUUUGCAGUCUUCCUAUUUUUCUUCUUUGUGGAGAUUAAUAUUUCUCAGAUUACAGAUCACUAUGAACCAUCCUGUCAGCUAAGUGGUUGAAAUGUUUACUCUCAGACUGCUGAAAUAUGAAACAGAAGAUAGAAGAUUAACAGUUAGAGUUAGUGGGAAAAGGACAAAAAAGGGAGAGCGUGAUGUAAUUAACAUACUUAGAAGACAUAUUAUGAGGUGACACGGAGACAAAGUUACGGCGUUGUCCUGUGCUUCACAGGAGUAUUAAGUGUCAGUCCUUCUCUUUCUAUAAAUACCUCGCUAACUCUCCCAAUGUGGCCAUAAACCAGUCUGAAGAUCUCUUUGUUCUACUUCUCCCAUGUUCCUGUGUCUUUUAAAGUCUUCUUCUAAUAAGGCCAAGUCUCGUCUUCUCUCCUCUGCACCAAAGGGUGGAGAUGUAUGCUAUCCUGGCACUAUUCGUGUUUUUAUGAUGCGUGUGUGUGUCCAAGAGGAUCGGUUUCCUAUAUGCCGUCAUCAUGUGCCAUUCGAUAGCGGCUGUGAUUGGUCAUUCGAGACAUAUUUAGCCACGGUGAUCUUUCAAACGCACACUCAGGCGCGUCACGGGAAAGGAGUGGCGGUCUUUUGAUUGUUAAGUUGCCCUCUCGUUAUUUUUCUGAUCUUUAAGAAUAUGAAUGGAGGACAGUAGCAGAGUGGGAGGGAGGAGAGGAAGUGAAAAGUCAAUCAAAGAAAUGCAGGAAGGAAAGGAGUGAGUGAAUGUGGGCCUAAUCAAGUCACUUUCACAUUAACUGUACUUGGAUUAAGUCUCUAUAUAUAGACUGACCUAAUAAUCAUUGUCCAGUCCAAACCACUGAUACAUGCUACUGCAGCGAAACAAAAGGCAACUCUGAGUAGGGCUGGGCGAUGAACCGAAAAUUUACCGAUACCGAAAUUUACAACAAUAACCAAUGUCAUUUUGCCCAUAUCGGUAUAUUUGGUGUAAAAAAAAAAAAAAUAAAAGUUGAUUUUGGAUGUGCUUCAAAGAAGUUCUGCUUGGCACCAACAAGCAGGAUUUAUGCUGACACUGUGCAUGCAGAUGGUCAUAUGUUGUUGCACCCACUUCUACAGUAUUCAAACCUAUAUUUUACUUAUGAUAGAUUUAAUGCCAUGAGUGGCUCCUCAGGUUAGCUGAGCAGCAUGCUAUGCAUCCAACACACCUGAUUCAAAUGAUCAGCUCGUUAUCAAGCUCUGGAAUGGCUUGAUAACGAACUGAUCAUUUGAAUCAGGUGUGUUGGAGCAGGGAAACAUCCAAAACAUGCAGGACCCUUGAAGACUGGACUUGAGAACCACUGUUAUAGGGUGACUAGAGAGUGCAGAUGUAAAACGGAGGUUGGAGUUUUGGAGGUAGAUCUUUGCCACAGCAGCAGCACUGUGUGUAUCAGGGUCCUGGUGUAGCAGUGAUGAGUGAGAGAGGUCACAUUUUAAGGGACCGUCUUUUUGUGCGACUGUAUCAUGAGUGCAUCAACCAGCAGGCUACAAAAUUAAAGAAUGUAUUUGAGCUUAGGGCUGUGCGAUAAACCGAAAAUUUACUGAUUUCGAAAUCUACAACAAUAACCAAUGUCAUUUUGCCCAUAUCAGUAUAUUCGGUGUCAAAAAAAGUAAAAGUUGGUUUUGGAUGUGUGUCGGUAGGCUAUGGUCUCAUGUCCCUUUAAGAUGCUGUCCUACGUCAGAGACAUGACUCCACCCCAUCCAGUCUGUAACAAAGAGGGAAAGACAGGUGAGUGGAUGGAGGACGGUUCAAAAGUUGUAGAUGAAGUUAAUGUAGGAGGGGGUGAGCAGUUUGUGGAGUAGUUAUCCUUUAUUUAUUGUUAUCAAACUGAACUGCUCAAUAUACCGUGAUAUUGAUUUGAGGCCAUAUCGCCCAGCCCUAACUCUGAGACUACUGUACAUGAACAGCUAUUUUAAUGUCAUAUUUGAAGAAUUUGAAAAAAGCUGAAUACUAUACCUGAAAACAAGAUGUAUCUGCAGAAUCAAAUGAUCAUUUCUUGAUUGAUUACAUCCCCUAGAAAGUCCGAGGCAUGUAUUUAGGUGCUGCUGUGGCUCAGUAGUAGUUAGUCUUGGAUCCCGGGUCCUGCUGUCCAAAUGCUGAAGUGUCCUUGGGCAAGAUACUUGACCUGAUCUGCCCCCACUGGCUGCACCCAGUGGUAUGUGAAUGUGACAGAUUCUACAUUUUCAUCUGAAUCACUAAAUUGACAUCAUUGCUUCUCGAACAAACAGAAAACAGCUUCAAAAAGAGGUAGCUUGGUUUUGCUCACGAGUAACAAAAUCUCUUAAAAACAUCAAAAAGUUGUUUAUUUUAUACUGAUUAGAUCAGCAUUAUGUUUUAUGAAGAGGUGAGGGUAGCUGUGGGAAGAGAAUUAACUCAUGUUAAGUUUAAAAAAUGUGUUGGUAAUGCAGCAGGUGUCAAUAAGUUAAUAUUUGUUCAAAGCGAUAAGGGAGUGCAUUCUGGGAAAUGAAGGAAAUCACUAUCUGAAGCAGACUUACACAAGGCAGACUGAGAGAGAAAAGUCCUUCAGUGCACCAGAAACAGUGAAUUAAAAUAAAUUGUAGCUCUCUGUCACAACAUGACUCCUGGGAAACUGUCAUCCAGACUCAUUUGAGACCAGGAUGGGCCUGCAGCCGAGUCGGAGGUGAUAAAUGGAGUGAGCGGUGUUUGGGCUUAGCACUGACAGAUGAAUGGAGGGCUACAGCUGCCAUGACUGGCUAAAUAUUACACACAGAAACACACAGAUACACACACUCUAACUGAGCAGAAGGCCAGAAUAUGUCAGGAAUGUGCUCAGAAGAUGACCGACCUUCACACUUGCCCACUCACCAGGUUGCGCUUUCAGACACACAAUCCAUGUGCGGAAACGCACACUCGUUUUAACUACGCGCUCGCACAUUUUUCUGAUCACAUGCUGACACAUUUGUACUUGAAGAAUCGCCUCGAUUUCUGUGUCACAUGCCUCCAGUGUGCCCUGACUUACGAGCCUUUUCCAUGCGCACAUGCACACACACCUACACACUCCUGCUUACACCCUGUCUUGCUCAACAGGUCAGGAUGUUUCACAAGUCAGGACCUGCAUGUCGAGGAUAUGUCUGCCUGCAGUAUGUGUGUGUGUGUGUAAGACUGAGUGUGUUAGCAGUGAGAAAUGUUAACUGUCAGACUCACAAAUGGCAGUUAAAGUUGUAGUCUCAUUACUGUGGUCUCCAGGGAGUCACCAUGGCAGUUGUAGAAUGAAACCAUGGCCUGUGGGAUAGGAAGUGUGUGUACGUGCAUGCGUGUGUGUGUGUGUGUGUGCGCGCCCCACAGACCCAGAAGCGCUUUAUUCUCCCAGGAAGUAUGUUAUUCUCCACAGGCCAAUCAGAGGACAAAGUUUCAGACAGAGUUUGAUGUAAUUGGUCCAACAUUCUGACCUUUUUUACUUGCAGCCAAUCACAGAGAGCGCAGGGACAGCAGGGCGAUGACAUCACUUGGAGAGUGACGCAAACAUAAGGAAGAUUGUGGAAGAGAUGAGUUUCAAAACUUUAACCGGGGAGUGUUACUUUCUGAGGUUGUCUUUGUUGUUAUUUUUGGAGAGGAAAUCUGGGUUGAACAUGGACAGGAAGACGUUUGACAAACUGACAAGCUGUCCUAGAUUCAGAGACAGGGAUACAAAGAAUGAGUGACAUUAAUAUUUGAAGUUCUGCCAUUAAUGAAACAUCUAAGGAUAGAGGGAAAAAUGCUAAUUUUGUCCUAGAAUGCACUCAUUGCCAAUAGAGACGAAGAGAAGUGCGAGCAGAAAAAGAAAAUGUUAGUCUCUGAAAUGAAGUUGGACUGCCUGGGGGACGAGUGUGGGGCUAAACAAAUAUUUACAGUGUGUCUUCCUCUCUGUUUAUGGCCGGUUUUAUGACUGCACUCUCCGCCUCAUGUGCUUCACUCCAGUUUUCUGUGUCUUUCUUCAUCUGAGCUUGCAGAGCACUCUGUCUCUGCUCGCUGCAACAUUGUAUAACACUUUGCCUAUCUUUUCCCAACGUGUGCUUUCUCUGUUUACAUAUUCACGGAUGCAUACAUGUGUGUAUUUGUGUCACAGCAUCGGUCAUGCAAAUCUGCUCACAGGCUAUGUCUAAGAUAUCCACAGAGCAUGAGCGCAGAAUUCCUUCCAAACUUUCUCUCUGUCUGUUUUCCAUUGUCUCACCCACACACACACACACACACACACACAGUUCAUUUGUCACCGGUUUUGUUUUAUGUCCAGAGAAGCAGGAGAGUUUGAUAAAAGAUAAAUAAAAGUGGGUUUAAUGGGAGGAGAAAUCCCAGUCAGGCCAUAAACUCCUCCCGCCUGAAGAAUUUAUCACAACACCGGCAUUUAUUCAAGUGUUUCUUCUUUUUCCCAUCUAUGCAGAAAACUUCUGUGUCAUCACUAUUUGUGCUGGCUGCCUCUUAUAUGAGUUGUAAAGGCAGAAAAAAAGCUUCAGAAUUGAUUGUCAUGCCACUACUAUGAAUGUCGGAGUUGACACAAUAGCUAGCUGCUCUUUAGCGCUGUUUUCAGUUAAGAUUUUGCUCUGAGCUAAGUGCUAAUAUGCCCAGAAUACUGUCUUCCAGGUAUGCUGUUGUAUUUUAAAGCAUCUGUAGGGACUUUUUUAGCUAGUCAUGAAACACCCCGGAUUGUUAUAACAAUAAUGAUGCAUCACAUAUACAUGAAAGUAUAACAAGACUGAUUAUUUCAAAUCACUAUAUCUGAUAUCAUAAAGCCCAAAGCUGAAACCACUUCUGCAGGGGAGGUGUUACAGAAACAGCUUUCUAUUUUUCUCAUACUGGUGCAAAGAUUAACACUUAUUGAUAUGUUUGGAUGUCCAGAUAAAAUACAUAUCGAUGUAUCUGACCAAUUACCUUAAAUGAACAAACUGCCAAAACAGUGGUGUGGUUUUUUCCCUACAUUAUCUACUUAUUUGAAUCCAACUUUUUCAAUAAAUAAAGGGAUCAGUUUUCUACUUUUAUUAUAACUUCAUAUGUUACUUUACUUUUGACAACAGAAGUGACAUGUGGGAGAACCUAUGGAGUUUUCGGCUGCCUUAUGAAUCUUGACAAACUUUGAAGAGUCUCCCAAAUGUGAUGGAAUUUACCAGAAUGAGGAAUAUUGUCAUUGUUUUUUAUUUUGCUUCUUUCAGAGUGACUUGUUGAUGCAUUAUGCUGUUCAACACUAGCGAUGGGAAUUAAUAAGAUUUUAACGAUAUCAAUGCCAUUAUCGACUCUGCUUAUCGAUUCGAGUCUUUAAAGAUUCCCUUAUCAAUGCCUUUCUUUGAUUUAAAAAAAAAAUAGACUAUAGGUUUUCACUGUUAACUCAAAAUUUUAUUGAGUCUCUGAUAACAGAAAAAUAUGUUUGCCACCUUCAGUGAGUCUAAAAAUAAUCAAAUGACAAACUAUUUGUACAGCAUUUACUUUGGUUGGUAUUGAGUCAAAUUAGGGUGACCAUAUUCUGGAUCCCCAAAAGAGGACACUACUACGCACAAAAUUUUGAGGGUGUUUUGGAUCGGGUUGAGUGUUUUUUUACAUGCUUCUAACUCAGUCAGUCCACACUACACAAAUUCAAAAUAUCCGUACAAAACCUGCUGUCAUCUUUCUUAGUAAAAUGAAGCCACGGGAGAAAGGAAUCGUUAAGGGAAUCGUGACGAUAAAAUGUAAAUGAUGUCGAUGGAUUGAACCAUUCAGAACCGAUUCUCAGCAAGCACUAGUUCUCGAUUCCCAUCACUAUUCAACACCAAAGGAAUAAUGAAACAGUUUAGUGAAUAACAUUAAUCUACUUGCUAGCAAGCUAAUGAAGAGGCUGCAUGUAAACAUUACAGAAAAGAAAGUGUGUUAUGAAUAUUUACUUGAAAACAUAUUUGCUAGUACAGCUAUUCUGUAAAUAAUUUAAUAUACAAGUUAACUGAUUAACUCAGCUAGCGUGUUAGAACGAUGUAAUAUAACAUGUACAUGCUGAAUGUGACUCAAAUGGAGCAAACUGUCACUGUCUGCUAGCUUACAGUCCCACGGCUUCCAAGGAGAUGGAUCCAACUGCCAGUUUUUUAUUUUUUCAGGUUAAUUUAUAGCUUUAAUAUCUGGCACCAGAGUCCUGGAGGUGGGUCCGAAAGAUCAAUAAGUCAUCUUACAAGAUACAAAAACACCAAUGCUUUAUGACCACCUUGGAUAAUUUUUUUUGGGAGGGUCAAAUUCAGAGUCUGUAUGAAACAUGGAAAUGGUACAGUAGCAUGACUUGUUGUUCUUGAAGACACAUUUUGGAGUCCACCAAAGUGGGUCACAAAAAUUGGUGUUGGAAAUGUUGAUUUAGCCUAACAGUGUGCCUUCUCAGUCAGUUAAGACGUGCCCUCAAUCAUGCAAAUCUGUGUGUAUUUCUCAGUCAUAAACAGUUAAAACAGAAGAGUUAUAAAUGGAUUUACUCUCUGCACAGUGUGAAGGAGUAAAACAAAAAGCUACAUAGACUAGGGUGUAAACAUGAGUAGUUCUGCUUUACAACAAGCAUUUUAACAUCUAUGCCUAUUUUUCAUUACUUGGGGUUGCAGAUGAGUCUGCAAGACAUAUUUCUCAUGUAAAAAGAGCAACGUGAGUGUAUGUUUUGACUUUAUAAGAACUUCAAGAAAUGGAAUCAAGCGUGCAGUUUACCUUAAAAUGAUCAGUAAAGUCGUGACGGUACAUUUUUGAAGAAUCAUGCACUUCUUUUAUCGAACACCAUCAUUUCAGCACUAACUUAAAACAAAUCAAAGAACAGCUUCACUUCUGGUUUCCUUCUCUUGUUGAUUUUUUGACAUAUAAACUGAGUAAUAAACACAGAAUAAUGUAUCUAAAUUUGACGCAACAAGGAUGUGAAUGCAGUUUUUUUUUUUUUUUUAUAUCAAGGGACUGACUGACUGACAUCUGUUUGUCUUUCAGGAGGUGGAGAUUCUGGAUAUAUCCACUAUCAGAGACACCAGAACAGGAAAAUACGCCAAACAGCCAAAGGUCAGUAAUGUGUGUGUGUGUGUGUGUGUGUGUGUGUGUGUGUGUGUGUGUGUGUGUGUGUGUGUGUGUGUGUGUGUGUGUGUGUUAGGAAACAAGGGAGGAAAAAAAAGCUGUCACCUCCUGCUGUUGAUAACUUUGUCCUUGGAACGAAAAUGUGAUGCUCAAGUGUGACUGUCACCAAAAGAUGCGUGCAUCCCCUCUGUAUGCGUGUGUUUCCUCUCUCAGCUGAUGGUACAAAGGUGACAGAGUGCUAAUGAGCCCACUGACAGAUGGACCAUCAGACAGGAAGUGAUAUAACCAGCGACUGUUGGCGAGGAAGUCAUUGUGUAAGAGCAAUGAUCUGCUAGAGAGAGCAGCUAAUUCAGGGAAGGUCAUUGGCGGCUCAGUUCAAACAUACGGAUGUGUCGAGUCAACAAAGGGCUGGCUGAUAGAUCAGAUUACAUGAGAUAAAAAACAUUUGUAUUGUGUUAUUUUUGUGAUUUUUGUGUUUAGGGUAAAGAAUAGCAAAAUAAAAAAGAAGAUAAAAGAUAAAUUAUCUGAGAGCAGAUAAGUGCCAGCCGUCUCUUAUCAAAGCCUGAUGUUGUGCAAAAAUUAAACUUUGAAAGACACCAAAGUUAUAUUAAACAUCAGACAAAAACAUUAUAUCGUCAGUUUAAACACUCAUUGGGGGUAGUCAACCAAAACUACAAAAAACCCUCUAAUUUUUCAUCUUUUAUACUUAUUCUGUUUCAACAAACCAACUAAUUCAAGUGAGAGCUGUCAUAUUUCAGUCAUGAUGAUAAAAAUUGAACUUGUAAUAUCCUGCAAAAAAUAAGCAUACGGUAAUACCCUGAAGUAGGGCUGGGCGAUAAAACGAUAAUGAUAUGAAUUAAAAAUUAAUUUCCCUCAAUACCAAUAUAAACAUGGUCAAUAAGCUUUUCGACAGCCGGCAUUCUGCCAUGUUUUGCUAGGUUAUAGAAAUAGCCGAUGAAAAGGGGAGUUGUGCCGCGCUAAACUGACCAUUCAGUCCGCUUUCGGUAGCGCAACGCAUUACGACAAAACUUCGAAGAGACACAAAGACCUCACAGAUGCAGUAGCUUAUUGUAUUGCAAAAGAAAUACUACCAAUAAGCACUGUUACAUUUCAUUUAAGAAUAACAGGGAACAUUUAAGAUUGACAAGUAAUUUUUUUUAUAACAUGAUAUAAUUUGAACUUAUAGGAAAAAAAUGUAUCGUGAUAAACUUUUUCCCAUAUCGCCCAGCCCUACCCUAAAGUCAUACUAGUGGUCUUUUAUGUUGGUCGCUGUCAUUAAACAGAGUAUGGAUGAAAAAGAAGUGACAGACUGCUACUUCUGAGAGUUGAUUGGGCACUUUUGAAACUGAUGUUCCAGAAGUAGCAUGCUUCAAAAUAAAAGCAUGGUUCGACAAUGCAGGAUACAAAAUUCACCUUUCAUGCUUUUAUUAUGGUAUUUUUUCUAUUUUCCUUUAUGAAACACUCUCCUUUCAAAAGAAGUUUCAGUCCCAGGGCUGAUGAUGAAUCCUAAAUUUGAAUAUAUUAAUGGCAUAAAAGUCAAUUACUUGUAGUAGUUCAGUUUAUGAAAUCAUAAAAGUUAUCUCAUUUUAUUCUUAAAAGCAGGUCUAGGUAUGCUGCUGUAAUGUUGCUGCAUUCUGUUUACCACAGGCUGUAAAACCUUUGAGUGGUGUUUGCUCAAAUGGUUGAGAUUCAUUGAAAGGUUCAGUAUAUAAGUAUAUUUAUCUCUGUCUUCUUCUGUUCCAGUUUUAUAUAUCAAGCUAAAACAAUGACAGCCAAUGACAGCUGUUUAUAUAUUAGGAGCUGACUUUGUGCUGUUGUGUAAUAAUAAUUGUGAAAUAACGGAUUCCAGGACUGUCUGAAAUACUAUAUUGGGAAUAAAUAAACUGCAUGCAUUCAUGAAUCAAUUUAAGUACUCAGUCCUGGUACAGAUCAUAAAAACAGACAUCUAUAGUGAGCAGUAUAUAAAACAGAGAAAUCUGCUUAGUGUCAAUGAUUUCAUCACCCUGCCCACAACCUCACGGUGAAUAUUCUUGGCACUUUAUCAUGUGCGCUGAGUUCACACAUCAGCUCAGACUGAAUUUACAGAGUCUAAUUACCAGAGGGAUGGCAGGAAAAGGUCAGUGUAAAGUUAGGGUGAUCAGAUUUGGCUGUUUGUGUUCAAAUAAGAAACAAACCUGGACAAUGUCAGGAAAUUUUCAGGACUGCGGUGCAUGUUUGAAAGAGGUUUAUGUAAGUGGAUGGCUUGACACUGAACUGCAGAGAAUAUAUUUGAUUGAAGUCUGAGAAAAUUCAAAUGUUUGUCGGACUAAAUGUGAGUUUUUGAGAUGUUGUGUUUGCAUUUUGUCUGAAAAAUGUUGACUCUGGUUAAAAAAGGUCAGCAUUACUGAUUUUCAGGAGCUGUGUUUGUGUUGCUCUGGAAAAUCCGCAGGGCACACUUGAGACAGUUUUAUGACACCUACUUCUUUGGUGGACAGUAGUUCCAAAUAAAACUGUUAAUGGUGAGGUCUGCACAUGAUCAAUUUGGGAAGAAGAGUUGCUCUUGAGAUUUAAAAAACAGAAAAAAAUGUUUGCAAUUUGGCUGCACUGAUUCUUUUAACUCAAGCUGUUAGCUUCAUGUAGUCUGUGCACUACUUUGGCACUUCUUUGGCUCUACUUUUUUUAAAAUAAACAACCCCAGCAGUUAAUUUGUUUAAUUGAAAUGAUGGAGGGAGCUGGCAGAGAGGAAGUCAUGGAUGGAAUGCAUAAUUGAUAGAGAGACACCGGCAGAGUUGCUGGUGGGGAAAGAGUGGUCUGAAAAGAAGGAAACAGUCAUUUGGUUAAUUAGAUCAGAGUGCACCACAUGCAUCACAUUUACUGUUCUCCAGAGACACGGAGAUUGAGGAGGGGCGAGAGCGUUGGAGACCAGCAUGCACAUUAAAAAAAUAUAUGUAUAUAUGCAGAACAAAACUGUGUUGUGCCCUAGAAAGUUAUUCUUACACAACAUUUAGAAAAAUAAAAAUAAAUAAAUGUGUGUUUGCGUGUCAGGAUCCAAAGCUGAGGGAGGUGCUCGGCUUCGGCAAAGGCGACAACGUUGAGGGGAAGCUGGUAACCAUCGUCCAUGGCAACGACCUUGUCAACACCUCCUUCCUCAAUUUCCAGGCGAUGCAGGAAGAUACGGCGAAGGUAUCCGUCGAAAUUACACCCAUCAUCCAAAAGCAUACUCCCCUUACUUUUUUGAUAUCCCAAUCUUUCUUCCUUCCUUCCUUCCUCCUCUUUUGGCCUUCCUCCCUCAGGCCAUGUGCUGACUAUUCACUUGACGAUGUUGACAUAGAGGCGCGUGUAUGUGCGUGUUUAGGGGUUGUAAGGAGGGAUUAUUUCCUGUGUGAGUUCUACUUUGUAUAUAAAACUGUAUCACUUAGUGUAAUGUCAGGCAAACAGUAAAACAACCCUGCUUUAUGUUCUUCUCCAUGUGUGUGUUUGUAGAUUUGGACAGAUGAGCUGUUCACUUUGGCUACGAAUAUACUUUCCCAGAAUGCAUCACGGAACACCUUCCUCCUUAAAGCGUAAGUGGUCUUAUCUGGGUGUGAAACAAGUGAAGACGUUAAGGAAUGGUUUCUAAAAUCUUUCUGGUUUUUUCAGGUACACUAAGUUAAAGCUGCAGGUGAAUCAGGACGGGAAGAUUCCUGUGAAGAAGUGAGAAACACUUACAUGAACCACUUUUUAAACUCUGUACACAUUUUGAAAAAAAACAAAACCUCCUGCUUCUUCUUUCCUUUCCUCUUCUCUGGCUCUCUUCCACUUUCACUAUCAGCUCUACUUUCAUUUAUCUCUGCUGGCUGUUGACAUUUAACUCAUCCUGUACUCAUAAAUGUCACAAAUGUAAAUCUAAUCCUUUCAGACUCUGCUGAUAGAACAUUAAACUUAGAAAAAUAAACCUUUUACUCAGCGAUGAUUGGAAACAUUUGUUUACAAUGGCUGUUUUUUCUCUCAACUCCCUGUCUUUCAGUAUCCUCAAGAUGUUUUCAGAUAAGAAGAGAGUGGAGACGGCUCUGGAGCAGUGUGGCCUCGUAAAUAACAGGGUAAUCAUCCAAAGCCAUCACUGACAACAGGGCCACUUAAGAUGUGUGUUUCUGUCGUAGUCUUUUUGUACAUGACAAUAGUUACGACUGAGUCCAUCACCCUGGGGUGCUGCAGGAUUCUUUGGAUGCCUUUGCGUAAGAGAAUAAGAUCAGCUGAAGGCCUUAGAGGAAGCAGUUUUUGAAGAUCUGAGUUUUGAUUUAGAGCAAGACUCUCAAGUUUCUUUAAUUUUUUUUGAGCUGAAUUCAUAAAAAAAAGGUCGUACCAUGUAGAGAUUCUUGAUCUGGAUUUGCUGUUCCUUUUAAAACAUUUUCAGCAAUAAGUUUUCAGCCACUAAAUGUACAAGAAUUUUACUUAAACCCAAUCCACUCCUAGGAAUAAAGUUGAUACCAUAGAGCUGUGUAAUAGUAUCAAGUCCAGAACUCAGACUCGAGUCCAAAGUUACUUUCACUGUUAAAGCUUAUGGUAACAUUAGCAGCCAAGAGAAUAACUGAUCAAAUCAAAGCAGAAACAAUGAGGGAAGUGCGGUGUUCGUCUAUGUUCAGCACUUUAACUUCAUUCAUAAUUCAAACAAGGACUUAGUUCGACUCAGACUCAGUUUAAGGACUUCAACUCAGCCUUGUCUCUGAUGUUCUCUGACUUGGACUCAGAGAACUCCAGACUCGAAUGGCCCUAAAGGUUUGGUGACUUAACUUCUACUCCACCGUAACGAAUACAGAAUAUAUAAAAGAUAGUGGAAUGGGGCAAUUCAGAAGCAAUGGAAUGACGGUCUUGAACUUUUUUCUGUCAAGCUGAAACUAAUGUGAGAAUGCACUGAUUGAUUUGAUGAUAUCCACUUUUUACCUUGUGACUUUUACACAGUGAGUUUAAACCCAAUAACAUCCAGGAGUAAAACUCUGUGGAGUUUUGGUCAAGCUGCAUUAAAUGCUAGUUUUAGAAGAAGUCCUCAGUUUUCACUUUCAGAAGUGACUAACCUCAAAUCAUUUUAAACUAAGAGGAAAUUAAAAUGUGAGCCAUUCACAUCCUUGGGAUCGUGUCGGAAUACUGCCUGAAUUUUUAGUUUAAGGUACCAGAGGACUGUGGUUAUGGUGGUAAAACACGAUUUCCUGUGUGUAGAACGUUGUUGCAAUCUCUUCAAAGAAUCAGUUUGGAGGAGUCACAAGACAUUUCUUUUUCAAUAGGAGACUAGAUUGUGCAAACUGCACUGUCAGCACUUCGCUUUAUACUUUAAAGCUCUGACGCCUCCUGCUGGAAUAUCAGAAAAACACACCAAGUGGAGACAAAAUGCAGAUAUUUAUGUCCAGUUUACAGCCAUUCACGGAAUUUGUUGUAUGUUAGUGUGUUGUUUGAAGCUGUAAAGUGUCACUGAAACAACCAGGCCUCUGUCUUUUUACCUUUAACUUCACUCAAAGUGAACUCUUUGUGCUCUCUCAGUCAGAGGGGCUCAAGCCAGAUGAUUUCACGUUGGAGGCCUUCCAGAAAUUUCUCGCCACCCUCUGUCUGCGGCCUGAGAUACAAAGCAUCUUUGAGGAAAGGUAUGUAACACAUGACUUCAACUUUACAACACUUGAAUACUGAACAAAAGUCAAACAUGAUUAAAAACCUUUUGAAAUGAUGCUGAAGUUAUGUCUUUAGGAUCCUUGGCAUGUGCUAACUUUCUUUUUAUGCUCCAGCGGCUCCAAGGGGAAGCCCUUUAUCUCUCUGGAUCAGCUGGUGGACUUCAUCAACCGAAGGCAGCGGGACUCCCGCCUGAAUGAGGUACUGUACCCACCACUGAAGAGAGAGCAGGUCCGUCAGACCAUGGAGAAAUAUGAGACCAACACAAGCCAACUGGAGAGAGGUGGGUAACUUCAUCCUUUUAGUUAGAUUUCUCAAUCCCAGUGAACACUUUCAACUCAAGUUGUCAUUUCUUUUUAGAUUUUCUUUAUGGUACAGCUGAAAGUCCACAUUUCACAUUUUAGUUUCCAGACAAACUCAAGCAUGUUCAAAUCACGGUCUAAAGAAGAGAUUUAGUGUGACGCCUACCCUCUUAACUAUAAAUUUCACUUUUACCUUGAUUGUGGUCUUCAUGGCUUCUACACAUAACUUAAUACUAACAUCAGGGAACUUUUUAUAAGUUUUGUUGUCAGUUGUUUAAGAAUAUAAAUGAAAUGAUCAACUUUAAAACAACUCUUGAUCAACACUUUUAUUUCUCAUGGAUAUAAAAAAAAAUCAAAUCAACAUCUUUUUAAGGCUCUGACCUGUUAAAAACAGUGACUUACACAGUGAUAAGCACAAAAAGUCAUUUUGACCUAGAAAUGUCUUCUGACCAAGAAUGUCUCCUCUUGGCAGCCUUUGACUUUUCUCCCAAUAGUGACUUUAAUUUAAUUCUUCAUGCGCAGUUUCAACUUUUGACUCUGGAUUUAUUUUUUCUUGACACACACACACAUUUGUGAACUUUGGUCAAUAGCAAUAAUUGAAUGUUUCAUCCUCUUGGGUCUGUUUAUUCUGAUGUAGCAGUGGUCUGUACUGACUAACAGGCAUUUGUUUUUGCAGCAAAGUGGUUGUUUUUUUCUGUACUGCUGACAUGACCAAUCCUGUCUCAGUUUCCUCACUGUUAAAUAUCCAGAAUGCGAGAGUCAUUCAUGAAUUUAUUUCACUUGUUUUGCUUUAUCACCUGUGGAUAAACUGUAGCAAACAGCGAGGGAAAACAGAACUAUGACUCUAGAUUACUGUUAAGCCCAAAUCUGUAAGGUGAUCCACUGUGCUGGUCACAGUGUCCAUGACAGAGCUGGAACUCCCUCUGAGUCUGUUGUUUGUCCGAUGACUGGACCUUUUUCGCUCAUUUGGCUCAGAUUACUUUUAAAGCACAUGAUGUAAUUUCAUCAGUGUCUUUCAUCCUUUUAAUUCAACGACUUAAUUGAAUCGUUCUGAUUGCUGAGAGCACAUGGAUGCUGGUCUGUUAAACUGAAACAUACUGAUAUGUAGUCAGGGUGAACUCUCUCUGUUUGUCUCUCUGCAGAUCAGAUCAGUUUGCAGGCUUUCACUCGCUAUCUUGGGGGAGAGGAAAACAGCGUCGUACCCCCAGAGAGGCUGGACAUUAUUGAUGAUAUGAACCAACCGCUGUCUCACUACUUCAUCAACUCCUCACACAACACGUACCUCACAGGUGAGAAACACACUCUCUGUGCUUCAUUUUAAACUCCAGCUUUUUCAUCAGUAUUUUAGGCCUUAAAGGGAUAUUCCGGCGUAAAAAUAAUUUAGGGUCAAACACACCGUAACACCGAGUUAGACACCCCCUCGAGAGAUGAAUGUUGCUGACCGCUUGCUUCUCUAGUUAUAAAUUAAUUUCACGCCAGAAUAUCCCUCUAUAUGACCCUUUCAUUCUUUUGUCUGUGCUCCUGCAGUUGGUCAGCUGACCGGCCUGUCAUCAGUGGAGAUGUACAGACAGGUGUUGCUGACCGGCUGUCGCUGUGUAGAGCUGGACUGCUGGAAGGGCCGGCCACAAGACGAAGAGCCCUACAUCACCCACGGGUUUACAAUGACCACUGAGAUCCCCUUUAAGGUGGUACUUUUUACUUCUUGGUACAAACAUUAUUACUUUCUGUCAUUGAAUUUGAGCACAGAAGUUGAAUUAUUACACUUGUGUGAUAUCUACUGCGCAGCAUUUUUACGAGGGUUUUUGUGUCAUGUUCAUUCAAGACUUUCCACCCACACAAAUGUCUGUUUUUCCACUCUGGAGAAAACCAGUAUCAUAUGGAAAGGAUUCAAUAAAUCACUGUAUCAUGAAAGUUUUUACAACUCCACACACAAAGAGCUGCAUUCUUUAUCAUACUGGGAGCAUUAAGGUUCAGAGGCUCGCACAGUAAAUUGUGAUUCAUUGACUUUUAUGAACAUGUAAAUAACAUCCAACCAACUCAGGAUAUUUCACUUCCACAGAUGGUUUAAGAUAACUUCACAUGUGAAUCCCUUACCCUUAGUGCACAAACCUCAUGAAUGUUGAAUAUAGACGUCCUUUUUUAGCUAAUGAUAUUUCGACACUCUCUUAAAAAAGAAACUUUGUGCUUGAAGAUGCUUUUCAUGUUCAGGUCAUAUAACACAUAACAAUGUUAUGAACUGUAGUAAUGUCCUUAUUCUCUCUUACUACAGGAAGUGAUUGAAGCGAUUGCAGAGAGUGCUUUCAAAACUUCACCAUAUCCCGUCAUCUUGUCUUUUGAGAACCACGUAGACUCGUAAGUCACAGAGUCUGUCUGCAGAUUCAAACCACCAUAGCUUGCCUUUGGCUGUUUGGUUCAUUGAUAAAAACUAUUGUAGCAAGAUGCCAAAUGAAUCAAUUUGAGUGAAAUGUCCAAAAGCUAAAAUGUCUCUUUUUUUUUGACAGAGCGAAGCAGCAAGCUAAGAUGGCUGAAUACUGUAGGACCAUCUUUGGAGAUGCUCUGCUCAUUGAUCCACUGGAGAAAUAUCCGGUAAGACUGAUCUCUGCCCAAAUUUAUUGCAUUCAUGAUUUUCUGAUGAUGUAUUUAGUAAGAUAAGAUAAGAUAAGAUAAGAUAGGAUAUUCCUUUAAUAGUCCCACAGGGGAAAAUUCCAAAAAUAAUAUAAAUAUAAAAUAAAAAUAGAAUCAAUAAAAAAUAUAUAAAAUUAACAAUAUAAUAAUAUAUAUUUUAUUAUUAAUAAUGUAUAUUAAAAAUAAGAAUAUAACAAUAAUAUACAAAAAUAAAACCAAACAUCUUAUCUUAAUAUCUUACUAUUGAUGUCAUGAAAGUAGGCAUAAAGUAGGCUUGGGGGUGCAGAUGGCCUGGAAGUUAAGGUACACCACCCACACAGGCGGCUCCAGUUCAAGUCCACCCUAUGACGUCUUUCCUGCACAUCAUGUCCCGCUCUCUCCUCUGUCCACUGUCCUUAAUCUGUCAAUAAAGGCCAUAAAAAUCCCCCAAAUAAAUCUUGAAGUAUAUGCUAUCUGUACUUAACAACGCAGAGUAUUUAUUAUUUUUGUAAAUAACGUAUCUGACUGAACUUUAUGUGUUUUAUGUGGUUUCAGCUUGAGCCCGGUCAGCCUCUCCCUUCACCACAGGAGAUGCUGGGAAAGAUCCUUAUUAAAAACAAGAAAAAGCACCACCACCACCGACCAUCAAGUGGUGGAAGCAUACGACGCAGGGAACAGGAGGAGCAGUCGUCACCCAACAACGGUGAGCUAAGAUAACUGUCUACUUCACUUACAGAUGCAUUCAUAAUUUGCAUAAUCUUCCUACUUUUGAUGUGAAAAUGAGCCUUUAGUGCUUCAUCAGGUGUGAAACAUUCAGGCUCUUAAAGGAAAAUUUGAUUUUUUUUAAACGUGUGCUUAAAAACUGAGUUUAACGUCCCAAAUUGAAGCUGAUUAUUGCUCUUAUUUGUGUAGACUGUCCUUUAAAUGAUGGUGAGGGAGGUCAGCUCCUGUCCAACGGGGAGGAGAAGAUAGCUGAGAGCCUGGUCAAAGACUCUGAGCCUCGCAAGUCCAUAGGUAGGUGAAGUUAAAAAUAAAUAAAUGAUAACUGAAGGUGACAGCAGAGUGUGGUCCCUGAUAUAUAUUUUUUUCCGCAUCUCACCAGGAGGAGAAGGAGAGAGUGAGGAGGAUGAGGAGGACGAACCAGUGACAGAGCUGAAAAAGCCAAACUCUGAUGAGGUAAGAUCCAUCAGGAGCAAAGAUCGGAGGGGAGUCUGACGGUCUUCUGGGUUGAUUGACGGGUCAUUGGUGUCUGCUUCCUUCAGGGUACAGCCAGCAGUGAGGUUAACGCCACAGAGGAGAUGUCCACACUUGUCAACUACAUCGAACCUGUCAAAUUCAAGAGCUUCGAGGUGGCAACCAGUAAGUGACAUAGAUGAGGAGUGUGUAUGCGGAGGCAGAGGCAGAGAGAUGCUUUUAUUUUGUAUACAGGGAAGAUGUGAAGCGAAGGAAAUAAAUACUAAAUUUUUACCCAUUUUUGUACUCUUGUAGAUUUUUGUUGUCAAUCUUUCUCUUUUUUUUUCAACUUUUGUGAAGAUAUCUAACUAAUUUCAAUGAUUCUCUCCACCAGAAAGGAAGAAGUUUUUUGAAAUGUCUUCAUUUGUGGAAACAAAAGGCAUGGAUACCCUGAAGAGCUACCCUGAAAAGUUUGUAGAGUAUCCUUGAAUGCUCCUUUUUCCUGUGGGAACGUCAUCUUUAGGCAGUAAUUUGAUGCUGCAUUCCAGUUACCUUGGAAGGUUUUUGUUUGAGCUGGGAAUGACAUUACACCCAAGUUGACGACAUUCCAGUUAACAAGUCAGAAAACCAAGAUGGACGCCUACUGUUAGCUGUUGUUAGAAGCAUAUAAAAGCCUUUAAAGCUAAAAAAUUGACUUUAAAACACAAAUUGUUUGUGUAUAUCUGCGUAUAAGUAGCGCUGGCCCUUAACAGAACUCCUCCAGGUACAAUAAGAACCAGCUGAGCCGAAUCUACCCCAAAGGAACAAGAGUUGACAGCUCCAACUACAUGCCUCAGCUCUUCUGGGAUGUGGGCUGCCAGAUGGUGGCGCUAAACUUCCAGACUCUCGGUAAGAUCUGUCAUUUCAACUUCGGAUGGCCUUUAAAAUGCACAGAAUCUCUUGCUCCUCUUUAAAACAAAAUUUCCUUUCUUGAUUUGUUACGGUGCUUAUUUUUUAAAUUUUUUUAAUGAUGGUUUUGACCAAAUUUCAGGAAACAUCAAUAAGGAGGUCCCAUAAAAGCAUCUCAGUCCUUAUCCCACUAAAUCCCUCAACUUUUCUCUCUUUCUUCAACCCCUCUACCUGUUUCCUCUCAAUUCCUCCUUUCCAGAUCUCCCUAUGCAGCUAAACAUGGGUGUGUUUGAGUACAACGGCCGCAGCGGCUACCUGCUGAAACCAGAGUUCAUGCGAAGGACAGACAAAAGUUUUGACCCUUUCACAGAAAAGAUAGUGGACGGGAUAGUUGCCAAUACUGUCAAAAUAAAGGUAGGGAUAUUUUUUAUUAUGAUUUAGCUGAAUGGGUUAUUUUGUUUAUUAAUUGAUUUUUCUAAAAAAAAUCCUUUAAACAUCCACCAGGUGAUCUCAGGCCAGUUCCUAACAGAUAAAAAAGUAGGCGUGUAUGUUGAAGUGGACAUGUUUGGGCUUCCUUCUGAUACAAAAAGAAAGUACAGAACCAAAACGUCCAACGGGAACUCUCUGGACCCUGUGUGGGAUGAUGACAUGUUCGUCUUCAACAAGGUACUAUGAUUCCAUCUCUUUUUUUACCUCGGUUAAAGCUCCCAUUGCACUAACACUCUGUCUUUCUCCAGGUGAUCCUCCCUACACUGGCCUCUCUGAGGAUAGCAGUGUUUGAAGAAAACAGCAAGUUUAUAGGACAUCGGAUUCUCCCUGUGUCAGCCAUCAGACCUGGUCAGUCCGCACACAUAAACACACUUGAAAUGUGAAACAGUGAGACAGCUCAGAGUUUAAACAAAGCGGUCACUGAUGGAUGUCUGUGCUCAGUGGAAACAUCAUCAUUCAUCCAAAGAUGUCACUCAUUACUUUCUUUCGUCUUCCCUUCUUCCAUUUCAGGCUACCACUACAUCAACCUGAAGAAUGAGCUGAACCAGCCUCUUCUUCUGCCCUCUUUGCUGGUUUACACCGAGGCUCAGGACUACAUCCCCAAUGAACACCAGGGUAGGAAGACCACAUCCACAUUUACUUCUCUACACAACUCAAACCACCUUAGCUGGCUGACUUAGUUUAAACAGAGACAGACAACGUCUUUUUUUUACUUAAAGUUGGUCAACUAAUCUGACUGCUUUUACCACUUCUUUAAGCUAGCUAAUAGAUCAGUUUUUGACAGUAUUUGUUAGUUUCUGUCUGUAAUUUUAAAAUAAUAAUUUUAAUUUUAAGAAGUAUUUAGCAAUAGGCAAAAAAGUUGGCUUAUAGCUUUGUUUCACCACCACUUUAAGCUAGCUAAUAGAUCUGUUUCCUUUUAGCUAAAGCUAACUAGCGGUCAUGCAUUUUAGCGAGCAACAUGUAGGUGGAUUUUAAGUAGUACUCUGACAGUUUUUGACAUUUUUUGUUAGUUUUUGUGGCUUUAAUUUCAAAAGGAUAAUGUAACUAUGAAAAGGAUUAAGCUAUAAGGAAGAAAGUUGGUGAGCUUUGUUUCACCACCGAUUUAAGCUAGCUAAUAGAUCAGUUUCCUUUUUGGCUCAAGCUAACUAGCUGUCGUGUGAUCUAAAUAGCAACAUGUGGGUAAAUUUUAAAUCGUAAUCUGACAGUUUUUGACAGUAUUUGUUAAUUUUUUUGUCCAUAAUUUUAAAAGAUUAAUGUAACUUUUAGAAGUAUAAGGAAGAAAGUUGGUUAGUUUUGAUUAGCAGGAAGAUCAAAACGGAGGAAACAGCUGCUCCCUCUGUUUUGUUCAAAGGUGACAAAGUCUCACAAGGUCUCUGACUUGUGCUUUCCUAAAAGGCUUAACCUACCUUUAACCCAAAAAAUAAAAACUAUGCAGAUUUAAAGGUGAAAAAAACACGAACAGCUGUUUGAGUGCAGCCACAAAUUACUUCAGCUAGCCUAAAUAGAAAAAGCAUAGGUCAGAAAAUCUGUCCCCUCCUCUGAUCAGAGCUUUCUUCCCCAGCAUGCGUGUCACAUGUCCAAAUUAUUCCAGUUAGCCUUGUUUAAAGACAAAUACUCUCAUUCAGAUCAGCAGGUAGAGUUAUAGGCACAGACAUUCUGAUCAGUGAGAAAAACACAGGAGAUAUUACUCGACUUUAUUUUUAUAAGUGAAUUCCACAAAUCAAAAGUUAUGACCAAGUUAUUUAUCAUCACAAAAACUCAUCAAAUGAGGCACACAGAACUGAUUUUUUUCAUGGUCCUCUUCAUGGUAAGGUCAACGAUUUAUGUUGUCCCUAAGACUUGUGACUUGACUUGGACUGAUCAUGAAAGAGAUAAUGAUUAUAUAAAUUAUUCUUUGUCGUUUUCUCAUGGUGUUGUGCGUUUAUGUUCUCAGAGUACGCAGAUGCUCUGACAGACCCGAUUAAGCACGUCAGUCAGUUGCACAAGAGAGAAACACAACUGGCUGUGCUCAUAGAGGACAACUGUGAGGUAAGUUAUGCUCAUUCUUGUAAAAAGACACACCGAGGAGCAACACAUUUAUUUACAUUUCUUUGCAGACCUGUUUUCUUGUAUCCAAUUGACUUGUCAAUAAGUCUGCAGAUUGUUGACUUUCACCCUUCCAUAUUUAUGUCUCUGCUGCUUUUCAUCAGCACGUUCCCAACCAGACCAAAGAGGGAGAGACCAGGAGAGAGAGCGAAGUCAUUCCAGGAUGUCAGCUCCCCUCCCCGUUUCACACCCAGCAUGGGGGCUCAUUUGAUGACACCCCUGACAUCAUCAAACUACCCGCGCCAGGUAAGGACAUACAAUAUUUUUCCCCCUGCUGUGUCCAUUAAUGAGACUUAAGUGCACCAGUUUCCAUUAUCAUUCAUCAUAAAAUAUUGUCUUUUGUAUUUAGCUGUACAUAAGCCAUUCACACUUUAUUGUUCAUAAAUUUUGUUUUCUGCUGUUUUAGUUUGUUUUAUUCUCACAUCAUCCAUUUCACUCAUGUCUGUGUGCCUCUUCUUGUAUGUUUUUUUUUUAUUUGUUUGUCUGUGUGUAGUGCAAUGUCCAAAGGAAGACCUCAUAGCCAAUGUCUUGACAGGUAAGUUCAUGACAUUACAUUCACUUCCACCCAGACUUUGAUGUAAUCAUGUGUUUGUUGCACAGAGCUACAUAAAGGUUUUAUAUAAUGGGAUUUUAUUUGCCUUAAAUUCUUUUUUUUAUUGUAUGUGUGAACUAGACAUCCAGGCCCAGUCUAUAGAGGAGUUUAAGGAGCAGAAGGGUUUCCUAAAGCUGUUAAAGAAACAGAGCAAAGAGGUGAAGGAGCUGCGCAAGAAACACCUCAAGAAGGUAAACACAAUCACAGAAGUAGAUGCCUCAUGGUCACAUUAUUAUCUCUAAAAAGUUGCUGUUUGAAAAAUAAGUUUUUUUCUUGUGUGUGUUUUUUAGGUGUGGAAUCUGAGUAAAGAGCAGAAGAGUCGGAAGAGCCAGAUCGAGUCUGACACUCAGCGGAAACGCAUUCAGAUGGAGAAACACCUCAAACGUAGCAUCAGGAGAAAGUAAGGAUGGAUGGAUGGAUAGACUUUUGAUGUGUGAAUAUAGAUCAUGGGAGAAGAUCUCAGGAGGUGUCCCUUUAAUGUUGGCGGAGCGGUGCAAAACCCUUUGUGAAAUAUCAGAACGUUUUUAUAAUGUAAAGGUAAAUGGUGUGAAACAAGGGAUUAUGUACAGUGAGUGGGUGUUACACUCAUUAGCAUGCAAAGCUAUCAGUUUGUAGCUAUUCACUACUAAGAGAUACACUCACCAGCUCUGCAGCUUCUCCUAGGUUAUAAGACAGGAUCUUGCUCCACUUUCUCUUCAUACUGUGUUCACGGUGAUGCUCUCUUACUGUCAUUAUUUUCAGAAUCUCUAGACCAGCUUUAGACAAAAAAUCAAUGUUUAGAGAACUGAGAAUGUUUACAGAAACUGGUGUUUUUGCCACAGUGUCCACAGGCAGAGGUGAAAUGUGCGAGACAUCUUUCUGUGAAUUGAUUUGAUUUAUCGCGAAUGAUCGUUUUCUCACUGUUGCUUUAGUUGCAGAUAGUUAAAAAAGAGGGUAAUAAAUUCAGAGUGAGUUUCUUCAUUAAUGGAUCUUAAAACUUGUAGUUACAGUUUAACUAAAUCUGACUUCUUUGUGUUUAUUUUAUUUGUGUGUUUAUUUUCAGUGAGCCCCCGGAGCCGGUGCAGCGUGAGCUCACAGCGUUGGAUCAGGAGAUCGAGAAGCUGAGGGAAUGGCAGAUGCAAGAGCUGCUAAAACUCCGGCAGCAGCUUCACAAACUGGAGAGAGAGAAGCAACAAGCACAGGUGGAAGAGGUGAGAACACAUGCCUCCGUAUGAAAAAGAGUAAUGCACUGUAAUCCUUCUGUGCAUCUUUAAAUAUCCAUCAAUAUAAUCUGACCUCUGGGAAACUUUGCAGCUCUUUCAUACAUCUGCACAGUGAUUUGCUGACAGGCUGUCAUCCACAUCUGUGUGUUUUAGGCCUUCCAGAAGUUAAAGGAGACGGCCCAUGAAUGCCAAGCGACUCAGCUGAAGAAGCUCAGGGAGAUGUGUGAAAAGUGAGUGUAGCUGUGUCACCUUCACUAGUGUCAUUUAAAACAGAUGAUACUGAUUCACAUUUGAGUAUAACAUUGAAUAAUUAUCGUGUGACUUCAGGGAGAAGAAAGAGCUCCAGAAGAUCUUGGAUAGGAAGCGACAAAACAGCAUCAGCGAAGCUAAAAGCCGUGACAAAGACAAGGCUGAAACGUAAAAAAUUAAUCUGUGUUUUAAGAUUUAGAUUAACGUCACUGUACUCCUGCGGUCAGACCUUAUUUUAAUGAACACUCCUUCCGUCUUUUGUCUCUUUUUCUUCUUAUUUCCUAUGCUGUCUUUUUCUUUAUCCUCCUUUCCACCUCUGUAGGGAGCUGAAUGAGAUCAACAGGAAACACAUUCAAGAUUCUGUCUCCUUAAUCCGCAGAGUAAGCACCCACUUGAACACACACACACUCUCUUAUCACCUCAAGUCCUUCAGAAUUUCAAGUUACCUACUUUAUAGCACAUUUUUCUGCUAUUGUCAUCAACUUUCCUCAACUCCUCUAACACACUAUCUUCUCCCCAUGUCUCCUUUUUAAUCUCUUUGCCUCUUAAUCCAUGUUGCCUUGCCUCCUCCCUUCAUUUUUUUCAUUCCCUUUUUUUCUUCCUCUCAAUUUCUUAAAUCUCUCUUCUAAAAUAUCUACUCUUUUCACCUUGUAUCCUCCUUUUAUUGCGGCUCCUACUUUCCACAAAUUCACAUAUUUUUACUAUCUACUCAUUCUUUAUCCCUUCUCCUCCUUUUUUCUUUUGUACAUCGUUCCCCUUUCAUGACCUACCCUUCUACCCUCCCCAGCUGGAGGAAGCUCAGACAAGGAGACAGGACAAGCUGAUGCUGAGGCAGCGGGAGGUGCUGCAGCACAUAGACGAGGAACUUCCACUGGUGAGAAAAAGCACAUGAAGUGACACUCAUUGCAGAGCUCUUAUUUGACUCUCUGACCCGUUGAACUUGUUUUUUUUGUACUUCAGCAGAAUUACCCUCACUGCACUCUCAAAAAAAUCAACAGGGCAGAUCAAAUAAUGAAAAAAUAUGCAGUCAAGUCCUUACUCAAUGUGAAACAAAGUAUAUUUAUUGAUUACCCAAAACAUCGGGCUCUGCCCUUGGCCAGCUUCAGAAAAGCCUCCUUAGAGGUGGCCAAUCCGAAGAAAGCGAGCUUUUAGAGGGGGGGCCUAAGAGAGACAGCAGCUUAAAUGAUGUGUGUUUUAGACAGAGGUUGAAAUUAUGAUAUUUUAUUACACCACUGUGAGAAAUUUGAGGCUUUACUAAGACAAAUUUAAGAGGAAUUAUAAAAGGAAAUAUAGAGACUGAAAAACGGGGUGAUGCAGCUCAAGGAAGAACAUUUAUGAUAAUUUCUUUCAUCAUUUCCUUGAAGUAAUAAUCACCAUAUUAAUCAUUUUGCACUGCAGACGCGGUAGUUCCUUUGCCUUGGCGUCUCGGUCUGAUUGCAUUUCCAUGAAGAAAUGAUCGUAAAUGUUUUUUCUUGAGCAAAAAAAGAAAAAAAACCAUAAAAUCUGAAAAUGAAACCACAUAAAGUGAUGAAACUGUUUUGAAAUUUGUGGAUUCAAUCACAGAUUGAUUUAUACCAAUUUUUUCAAAUAGUUCUCUGAGAUUUCAAUUUCUUCUUUCUUGUCUUUUAAUGACUUUAAAUAUUUUUUUUACCCAGAUGAAGUCUCAGUUGGAAAGGGAGCUGGAUGAAGAGCUUCAGAGGCUACCGGAGGAAAUCUGUGAGCACCUUCAUUUGGAACUCCAGUCCAAAGGUCUCGAAAAGAACGCCCUGUGCUCAUCCCUGUCCAAUCAUAGCAGCCCAAGUCCCAGCUCCGGCUCGGGCCCACCCUCCAACUGUUCUACGCCCUCUUACCCGUCGACGCCUAAUCACAGCAGCUGGAACAGGAGCAUGGACAAUAGCAAUGCCUCACUGGCUGAUUCCACUUCCUCAUCUACCACUCCUGUCCUGUCGGAGGCAGAAAUGUCUUUCAGUUAAAAUAAUAACUUGUAAAAAGGAAAAUAAUUACUUUCAAUGGGGGUCUAUAAUGAUUAUAAUGUGGGAUAGUAAUGAUAUUAAUUAUUAACUAAUUUUAUUCCUUUUAUUACAGAUGUUUUGUUCUUGUCUACAGAGCUUUAUUGUUUUUAUUUGACACAUCAUGCCUUUUAUUGGAACAAUCAAACUAAACAUUUUUUAAUUUUUUUACAUUUUUGUCUUUGUUUUGCUUUUAAUAUCAGAUUCUUUUGUACUUUUUUUUUUUUCUUAUUUCCACUUUUGCUCGAUUCAUUAGCUUUGCUAUGUUUUAUCAAUGACACAGGCUUGGACGUUCACUCUGUUGUUGCUAAAGCUUGCCGUUUGUUAAAGCUUAAACCUCUUUUUUGACACUUUAUGAAAGUUUUAACUGUAUAGAGACGAGCAGGGUAAACAAUAGCCGCCCAUGAUAAGGUGAAGGGUUUACCCUGUAGACAGUAUCUGACAUUUGUUAGUAGCUUCAUUAGAGAAACAUGUCCCACAAACAUUUAAGACUUUAAAAGCUAAAUGGUACGAUGUGCUGCAAAUCAGUGAAAAAAAAAAGCGUCUGUGCCAGUUAAAUAAGAUUAGUAGAUUAUUUUCCAGAGCUGGAUAUCAGUAAGGAGUAUGAAGGGAAAGAGUGCUGAUUUUUAAUCUGGUGUUUUAGGGAAAAGGCGAAGCUUAAAUGUAGCUGUGAUGACAGUAGCUGACCAGCAAGUGGCGCUGUAGCCUUUCUUGUUCAUUUUAAAUUGGCUGGUCGAGCUUUUCAUUCAUGGAGCCUGAUUACUUUAUCAGCCUGUACCUGAAAACACACAUGAGAUAACGCCCCUGACCUUUGACCUGUACGGAAAAUCCCGCCAAGGUUGCAUGAGCGCCAUUAACCUGAGCGUCUGUGUGCAUGUGUGUUUGAGGAUAAAGAAGGGAGGGUUUUAAUAAUGCAACACUCAUUUUCUCACACAUAUAUAUCCUUGACUGUGGCCUCUAUGAAAGUUGUAUACGAACAGAGUUGUGCAUGCUUACACACAAAUGUAUUAGUUCAGGGGCUAAACGAAAAUCCUCUUUGCAUUCAAUCUAUCCUCUGUUUGAAAACCAGACCACACACACACACUUAAAGAAAGAGCCACAAUAUUUUACCACUAUUGCAGAUUACUUAACUCUGGGUAUGGGUGUGAGUGUGUGUGGAUGUAUGUGUGUGUGUGUGGCCAGUAGUUAAUCUCUUGAUGAGACAUCUGCUUUUGGGGAGAGUAAUACUUCCUGCUUAAUAGAAAGAGCUGGCUAAGUGUGUGUGUGUGAGGGUCUUUGGUAUAGUUAGUUUGCCACUUUUGCUGCCUGGAGAAGACCAUCAUACAGCACAGUCUGCUUAAAUAGCAGUACCCACUUUAGGAGGUGGAUUAAACAUAAUAACUUAAGCUGCACUAUGACAUGUAAUGUAAAACUGUUAGCCUAUUUUGGUCUAAAUCACAAAAGGCAGUGAAAGAAUGAGGGCGUUUCUUCCCAUGCGCUUGGUAACACUGCAUUACUGUUGUUAUAGUGUUAGAUAAUGUAGCAAGAAGUCCAUCUGUCCAAAACAUAACUGUAGGUCUGCAGAAGUCUGUUCCCGAACACUUCAAUUUCACUGAAACCACAAAAUUCAAAUACCUCUUUUUAAUCCAAGGCUAUGAUGUUGUUCGUUUAUCUUUUGUUGCAUUGUUUGAAACGAAGAAACAGCAUGUGCAAAUUAUUUUAGAGGAUAUAUGCCCUUUAGAUUAUUUCACACAGCGCUCUUAAGUUUUAAGAUGCUUCAUCCAAAACCAAAAUUUAAUUUAGAAUUGUUGUGCACAAACUGAAUGGUACUCUAAGUUGAAAUUUUGCGUAUAUGUCUCUGUCAAAGCUGCCUCACACUGUUUUUAUCCAUUACUGGAAACUUUUUUUUUUUUUUUUUUUUUUACGGCUAAAUUUUUUCUUUUUGCAUUGUUUUGUCUUGUUAAGGGGUUAGAAAUGGCACUCUGUUUAUAUGUAUUCUGUAUAUGUGUUUAGGUUGAUGUGAAUUUUACUACUGACCAAAAGUGCUGAAGAGGGAAUGGGCUGGGAGAAGUCAGAAAGCGUUAACAGAGAAAGCGGGAGUGUUUUUCCUCAAAGAUGAGAUAUUUUUGGUGAGAUUCAGGGACUCCUGUCUCGUCCUCUCCCGCCUCCUUCCCUCAGCGAGCACUGGCUGCCUGUCUGUCUGAUUAUUCCCCCUCAAACACGCAUCUUUGUAAAGAAUCCUCUAUUUAAAUGAAAGUUUCAUCAACUGUUCCACUGUGGUUAUUUGAUCUAUAUCCACUCUAUCAAGAUUUGAAGAGAGUGGGUGAAAACUUAACACUCACAGAUUGAUUUACCACAGGCUAUCCUUUAAUGUUAAGCCACAGUGUAUCAUUUUAGAUACUGCUGUUGUGUAAGUGCAGAUUUUAUUUAGAGGAGUUAAAAAUCAAAGUGCCACCACUUAAUGGAAAGAUUUAUCUCUGAAGGUGUUGUUACAUUCCCUCCAGGCUUUCUGCCCGAGGUGGUCCAAGCUUCUCCUAGUGCAGUGUAGUAUUCAAAGUAAAAUACAUAUGUAACAUUUGUACAUAACUACCAGGUACGCAGAGGUUUGUACAAUCUUGUUUUGAGGUGAAAAAUCCCAGUAAUAGAAAUCCUUUUCAGCGGAGAGUCUCUUCAUGUAUGAAUGCACUUUUUUCAUUCCCUGUUUUUGUUGCUUGUUUUGUCUUUUGUUCCUGUGACAUGAACAUCAAUACAACCACUUUUCAAUGAUUUUUGCUCUUUGUGUAGCGCUCUGGCAGUUAUUUAUUUUUAACAAGUUAUUGUCGCUGAUGGACACAAGGGCAUGGAUCACAUGACAAAAGGUCAUUUUGCUGCACAAUGAGUUUUAAAAACAACUCGAUUCAGUUCUGUUCACGUUGUAACGAGCUUCUUUUGUCCCGCAUACUCAGAUUGAUCAUCAACAGAACAACAGAAAAUGAUGAAAACAAGUCACAACCCAACUUUAGCGAAGAUAACUGCUACCAAAGUUGAACCUGAAGAAAACUGUGUUAUGAGGGAAAACGCAGAGGAUAGCAUGCAUACUAAAUCAUAAAUACUACAGAAUACAAGCGUGUUAAUAGUAGUAUUUUGUUUAUAAAAAGUCUGAGUUACUAGGACAGAAAUGCUGCAUGUAUUUACUUCAAGGGAACAGGUACUAGUUUGCACCCGGAGGCGAUUUUUUUUUUUUUGUAGGUUGGAAGGGGAAGGUCCCACCCUCCUUCGCCUCUGAUUGGCUAGAAGUGCUGAGCUCUGAUUGGUUAUUCCUAAUGGCUGUGAAACGUCAUCGUCUGUCAGGUUAGGGUUAGGAGAUUCAGAAGUGCGAUAAUGUUCUAUAAUGUUCUGUUUGAUGUACAAAGUCGACAGCCUGCGUUUGGCUCGAGCGUGUGAUGACGUUUCCAGGUUUUCUAACCAAUCAGAGGCGAAGGAGGCGGGACUUUCCCCUACUGUCCUACAAAAAAAAAAUAUUGCCACCCGGAGACAGUCUCAUCCAGUGGUUACACUGGUUAAACGUUUGUUCACUUUAACUGACCUCAUGGCAUUCUGGGAGAUACACCUUUUAUGACUUUAGGAAAAACCUGAUUGUUCUGUUGGUUCUCAACGUCAUUGGUCGGUCAUGAUAAAAAAAUAAUAAAAAAGCCCUUUGAUUUUAAAGAAUUUACCACAUGCCAUAGCUAUUAAAAGGUAUCAUAAGCCACAGAGAGUUAUAACUUGACUUUGCAGUUCCCUCUAUGUGGCAAAUGUUAGCAAAACACGGCUAGAUUUUCCCCUUGAAAUUAAAAAAACAAAAUGGAAGUGGAAAUGGAGGAAAAUUGGAGCAACAUCUGUAGGUCACAAAACAAAGAAAACACAAGAAGACUUGCUCCCCUGUGUCUGUUUCAUGUGUUAAAAGGCAGUGGCUUGCUAGCAUGUUAGCAUGUAACCUAGUAUUUCAAGCAUAGGACAAGCUAAGUCAUCAGCAUGUGCUCUGUGUGAAGUUCCAUAUAAACAAAGUUGUAAGUAGCCUUUGGAUGAGGAUUUUUUAGCUUUGCGCUGAAUCCAUGUCUCAAAAAAGGCUGUUAUUUCAUCCCUUUUCUUUGAACAUGCAAGCACACGGAGAAAGAAACAGCACUGGUAUGCUAGCCCAGUUAGCUAGUUUUCUCCCCUGCAGAGUUUAGCCAGGGGGGUUACUCCUCAUCAGCUGAAAGUUUUAACCGCUGUUAUCUGUCCUGUUUACUCUAAAAUCACUUACAUUUGAACACACCAACAAUUUAAUGCUGUUUUAAGCCCAGUGGCUUAACAUAAGUUACUAUCCUCUCUUUAGCAUCACACAGAAACACGCCUUGACUCUACUCUUAUUAGACAUUUGGUGUGACUCGCCUCCCUCAGGCCCGCCCUGAGGCCCCUGGCUGUCAUGUCUUCUCUAUCUCUUCUUUUCUUCCUCUCUCAACCAUACUGUCCCAUUUCCCUCCCUCUGGUUUAUCCAAUAAUGAGACCAUCUUUUAUUUUUGGACUUGUUAAAUAAUUAACAGCUGCAGCCGUGUUUGUACACUUAAAUAGUGAUGGUAAAGACAGCAUGCAAUACACAUUAGACAAGAUAUGUAGUGAGUUUUGACACUGUAUAUGGAGUGUGUAUGACUGGUGGAUAUAAAGGGAAGUCUGCACAAUGAUCCAGAUGUAAUAUUCUAUUGUUUCUUCCUGAUGAAUAUAAAGUAUAUGACUGAGCAUUCAGUAAUAAAACCUACAACAAGCCGAACCACGACUGUUUGGUUUUGUCUUAUUUGUGAUGAAGUUGGGUUGAGCCCAAACAUUCUCACUUUCUCUUUCAAAACUUUAGAUCAGGGAAUUUUUCUCCUUCAUUUCGGUGUCCUCGCCACGGAUGAGAUCGUGUUUAAAGUGAUUUUUUUUCUCCCCCAACAUUUCAGGCUCUCUUGGCCCUUACCCUCUACCCAUUUGUGAUAAGAAAGUGUCUAUUAUUUAACACUUUUUGCUCUGCAAUGUGUUUUGAGUUCAUUGCAGGUGGCAGAUUUAGUUCGGAGGCACAGCUUUGCCCUCUGCGCACUCUUUUAAAAUCAGCCACGGUACUUGCAGAGAGUAGAGACUGCACUGAUGUCAUCAUAUUGACUGUUCUAGCACUACUGAGAAUCUGUGUAAGGACAUUUUCAAAGGAGGAAAUAGCUAAGUCUUAUAUAUGCAGGCAUGGAUAAAGUAUAAAUGCAUGAAUGUUUAAAAGGAUGAAUAAUAUGAUAAUUUAGUUUUCUAAGCAUAAAUGAAAAGCUGCAUUGUGUGUUUUAGUGAGGAUGCACAACAAAGACAGACAGAAUUCAUUUAUUUAUAUAGAAUUUAGAUAAGGCUACCUGCAUCAGUUAAAUAGAAAGAGACAGUUUAAAGAUUAAGUGCUACAUUUAUUCAAAUAUAUCUUUUAGUGGUGGAUAAAUAAACAAUUUAAAGUAUCGUCAUUUCUGAGAAAUUACUUCACAGGCUUUACAGGAAUGUCUCCACAGCUGUGUUUGACCUCUGACCUCCCUGCAGAAUAUUUAUAUACAAGAGAUAAUCUCCGCAUAGGGAUUGAUAAAGAUACUGAAAUAUGAAGUCACAUAUUAGAACAGGGAACAGCCUUUACAGAAAGAGCUAAAGGUACAACCGUGGAGGGUUGAACUCAUUGACCAUUCCUGCUGUCUUGUUUGUGUCCAUCUCUAUUUUAGUUUUAUUUCUCUCCUCUUUCUCUUCUCAUCCCUUGCUGCUUCGCAUUGGGGUCAGAAAGGUGAAUUUGAGAAUAUAAUCCUUCACAGAUCGCUGAUUUCCUGUCUCAAAUCCACAGUAAUCAGCAGCACAAUAGAGUCUGAGAAGAGCCAAUUGGUUUGGGAGCUUAUAGACAUUUUAUCAUGGCUCAGUAAGGUGUUCUGAUUACCACCUGCAUCAUUUCAAAGCGCUCAUAACCUCAUGAACAAUUUGUCACAUCGCCUGGGAAAUCCCAACUACAUUUCCUGUCUACUCAUCUGUUUUGUCACUUGUUCUGCUCAUGUUUCAUUUUCAGAUAGAACAAACUUCUUUCUUCACUCCUUAUCCAAACAUUCAAGCCUUCUUGCUCAAGACAGGCUUUAAUCCCACCCAGUGUAAACAUCUUUCACUGUCAUCCUUCAGUCCUUCUUAUUUUCCUCCGUUUCUCAUCUCUCUUACUGCCUGUCAAUCUUAUUUCUCCCCAAAGUUCUUCAUCCCUCCUGUUUUUCCAAAAGUCGGCUCAAUCCUCCCUCUGUCGCAGGCACCAGUGUCUGCUCUUUUUGAUUUCAUCUGCUUCUCUUUUCCCUUUUCUCUCCCUCUGUUGUUUGAUCCCCCUCAUCCUCUCACUCCAGUCUAUUUUUUUUCUGCAUCGCCUUAGUGUAUCCACGCUGACACUGCUGUUUCUUUUAUCCUUUCAGAGUUUUCAGAACUGCUGUGGACAUCCUCUCGAACAUUAGUCACUCUUCUCACUGAACUUGCCUCUGACUUUCUCUCAGAUUUUUUUCUUUCUCCUCUUUUUUAACGAGGGCAAUAAAUAUUGAAUAAAUAUUGAAUAUUUGAUCUAUUUUCUGAUAUUUCGGAAAGCCUUCUGAACUUAGCAACCAGACAGCAACCAAAGUAUUGAGCUGCAGGUCAUAUAACAUGAUAUAAAUGGAUGAUAUUAAUUAGAUGCUCAAAACCAAAGACAUUUACAUUAAUGCUUUAAAAAAUGUAUUUACUAUGUCAAAGAUUAUCUCAAAAAUCUACAACAAACAGUCCUCUGAUCCUAAAAGAGCCUUUAAAGAGCUCCAUCUGCUGUUUCUACCUUUUCACAAGUCAGUGUAUAUGAUAAAAAGGCAUAAAAAAUGGAGGAUGAAUAAGAAGAUGAAGUAGAAGCUCUGCAACCAUUAAUAUUUACCUCAACUGGUCAAUGACUAACAAGUUACUGAAUGCUUUACUUCCCAUACCAUUGCCAUUGUGAAUCCAACAUCGUAGAGACUUCAUUCCUGUACCAGUGAACCUGGGGUACAUGAAAUAGGGUGGUUUAGUCUUGGUCCCAGAUCUCUAUCUCAUUCCCUAUCUCAUCUCAAUCGCUGGUCGGCAAUUGUAGUUAUGGUAAAAUAGAUGAAUAAAAACACACUUGUAAAGAGUCUGGGUCUUGCUCACCUCAUGACCUGGAAUUCUGAUUUCCACUGAAGCAUCAUGUUGUGGAGACCAAAAGUAAACUAUCGUUCCCACUCUUCAUCCGUCAUUAGUGUCAAUUGAUUUUCAAUUUUUGAUGGUUUUUUAAAAAUAUGUUGUCGUGGAUUCGUGCCUGGGAAAAAGCCUGCUUUUCUUGGGUUUGCGGUGGACUAUUUUUCAAGUCUUCAAUUUAUCAAAAGCUGUGAUCGGAGUCAUUUGAUCUUUAUUUUUCAGUCGUGUUGAAUAAAGCCUUUUCAUUUACUUGAAACAGAUGGUACUUUUUGAUUCUGAUACUUCAGGCAUCUAUUUGUCACCAACAAAAACUUUCUCAACUUCAAAAGUACAAAUGCUGCCUGUAACAAUGGACUUGAUCAUUUUGGUUUUCCCUUCUUUUGUUAUCUGAAAAGUAAUUGAUGAACAUUAGUCGCUUCUUCCUUUCAGACACACUUUAUCUUUUUAUGUCUAAACUGAACAGAUCUUGAUUAAUCUACCUCUCAGUGAGAUAAGACAUUUGUAAGUGGAAUGUUGUUAGCUGUUUCUUACAAAAGAGGCAAAGCCAAUUAACCAACGAAGAAGUUGGUGUCGGAAUCAGUUUAAGCGUGGAGACAAACAUUAAGGCCCCAGAGAGAGAAGGCGAUCAAUGUAGCGUGUCACUUCCUGUCUUCUUCCACGUCCCACUGGAGAGCUCCAUGUCAGCACUGACUCCAUCACCCCCUCCUCGUGCCUCAAAUUGUUUACUGCUCUCUGUCUGUGUCUGUUUGUCUCACAGUCUGUUCAGAUCUACACUCCUGCUCUUCUUCUGCCUUCCUUUUUGUCUCUCUCCUCACACACUUUUUGGCCCUCCAUCUUUCUACGUGUCUGUCUGCAGCUACCUUUCUCUUCUUCCCUCUUUCUUCCCUCCCUCAGGACUACUGUGUUUACUCUUCGUCUCUCUGUCUCGUUCUCCUCCAGCGGAGAAUGGAGACGUGUCUUGCCGUCGUGGUAACCGUGGAGAUGCUGUGGGAAUAACAGCUGCCACUUUCCUGUUGUUCAGAAACUGACAAAGAAGAACGGAUGAAGAAAACCGAGUAAAAACAUGCAGAACUGUUCCGAACCUCUGAGUGAAAGUUUCGAUCUAUUGUUCUCAAAGUAGGCAGUCUUUAAAAGUGAAAUAAUGAAUGGACUCUGCAAAUGAAAACCCAAUCAUCCCCUAUUGUCCAAUGCAAGUUUCAAUUUGGCAAUAAUAGAAGAGCUUUAGACUAGCCAACAAAGCAAGACAGCAGUGCUGAUCAGGUCCCAGGUGUGUGUGUGUGUGUGUGUGUUUGUGUGUGUGGGUUCGCCUGUGUGAGGUUUAAACAACUACUCCCCUCCGGCCAGCACUAUAAAUAUGACAUGCUCUUUCUCACGUUGCCAGGUUAGAUAACAAACAAAAAGGCAGGUGAGUGCUGAUUUAAUUAACCAUGAUUAAUACAAAAAGUAACACAUUAACAAGAAAAGUUUGCAGGUUGACCUCAGAGAGCAUCUGACACACACUCAUUCCUCUGAAUAACAUUUAAAUGUUGAUUUAAAUAAACACUGAAUUUAGGAUCAUCUGACAUAAUAAAAUUACAAGUUUUUUUUAGUUAUUCUGACAUGAGGCAAAGAUUAUAAGCAUCAAGCAAUAAUUGGUUUAAACUAUAUGAUAGAUAUUGGCAUGUUUCAUUACAAGACAACCUGCAGCCCCUUUCCCAUAUGUUGCCUCCCUUUCCUUACUUAGUAAAAACCAAAAUAUAAUGUGGUGCUGUAACUCCAGUACUAUCUGCCCUAACUUAUUGUGUAUCCAGUUACUUUUUAAAUUUACAAGGUUACAAUUACAGAAAUUUCAAAUAGCCCACAACUACAUAAGAGCCAUCAUCUAACUUAAGGUUGCAUGUCUGUUAGUGUAGUAGCAUCCUAGGAGAAAAGAUACAUAAAUGUAAGACUUGCAUAAAGCUAGAUGCAAGAGAGUCCAA